GUACAGUGGACUCAUGGACCUCAUGAGUUGCAACUCAUGAGGUCCAUGAGGGGAGUCCGUGUAGGCCUGUCACUGUCGCGUGACUUCCGAGAUUGUUCUUCAUUCAGAGAGGAAGAAAUCACAUCAUACCUACAACUAGCAGCUAACUAGCUGAACGAGCGCUGUGUUGCGACUGCGGAUGUGCUGACCACCAGGCAGUACUAAAAGUAAGUAACCUGUACGACCGACGUUAUGACGUUGGACAUGCUAGAAAAUGAAGUCUAACUUUGACUAUUAUAAAGCUUGGCUAUUGUACUAAACUACUGGAAAGUUUUAGCUCUGGAAAUCAAAUAUCAUCCUGACACUAAAGCAAGUGGUGAGAGCUACUGAAUACGGAAAAUUCAUGCAAAUUAGACGGCUUGCGGACGGUUGCGAAACCAAAACAAAAGUUUUACAUGAAAGGAUUACUCACCAUCGCUUUAAAAGACUGGUUUCCAUAUGAUCGUCCGGAUCGUCCCGAUCGCCUCAGUCGUUUCAAAAUAUUUCGAGACGAUCCGGACGACUGGGGCGAUUGGUAUACAUUUUUGUAGGAUGUGUUUAGGUGUAAAGGAACGUUCACCGAAUGUUGCAUCGAGAAAUGAACUUGGUAGAUUAUCUCUAAAUUUACUAAUAACAAUAAACAUUUUCAAGUUUUGGAUUCACCUUGAAAAUCAACCACCUGACAGCAUCGCUAAACUCUGCUUAAACAUAUCGGAUAAAAUGGCCGAAGAAAAUAAAUCAGGUCUAAUAAAUAAAAUAAAUCUUUUGAGUACACAACUCAAUAUUCAUAAACAAUCAGUUAACUUUAAAAACCCUUCUACUUUCCUAUCCAAAGCUGAUAAUAAUUUGUCAAAACAUCUGAAAAACCACCAGCUAAAUUUGAUAAGAACAAAUAAAAAACUAAAAUUCUACCCCCACUGUACUCCAUCUUCAAAAAUGAAACAAAUCACUCUGCAUUCAUCAAUCAUAUCCGGAAUUAGCGUGUAGCUUCCACAUUUAGGAUAGGAAUCAUAAUUUAAAAAUAGAAACUGGAAGAUUUACAAUCCCCAAAAACUCCUGAAGACCUUAGCAUCUGUGAUCAUUGCAACCAAAAUUCGGUUGAAAAUGAACUGCACAUAUUAUUUCACUGUGAUCAAUACAAUGAUUUGAGAAAGACUCUUUUUGUUAAAAUCAACGACCGAAAUACAUUAUUUACAAAUUACAAUAUCCAUGAUAAAGUUUGUUUUCUUUUUAACAAUACUGAUUCACAUAUCAUUACCAUUGCCCGUAUGAAAAACCUCCAUGGAAUUCCAUGGAGGAUUAGGACAUCAAUUUCCACGGAAUUCCAUGGAAAUUUCUCCAUAGAUUUCCAUGGAAAAUAUUUGCAUGGAGGAUUAGGACAUUUCUCAUGGAAUUCCAUGGAAAAUGAUUAGGACACCAAUUUCCAUGGAAAUUCCUGCAUCGACAUUUUCUAUGGAAUUCCAUGGAAAAGUUCCAUGCAAUUUCAUAGAAACUACUCCAUCGAUUAUUCCAUGGAUCUCCAGGGAGUUUCAUGGAAUUCACAGGAAUUACACAUUUAAAAUAUCAAGUGAAUCAAAUGGAAUACAUAACAGAUUUUGGUCCACUUCAAUUUAUUUAAUCAAUAAAAGGACCGCAUAAAUCUCAAUCAAUAGUUAACAUGCUUUUGGUGGAAAAAUUUGACAUACUGUAGCUAAAACAAAUAAAUGUUUACUUGUGACUAUAUACAUUGCAGUUUAGAAUGCAGCAAUCAUAUUGAAGUAGCUUAAAUGUAAAAUUUAGAUUUAAUAUAAAGCAAGGAAUGUUGGCCUGGUGUUUAAGAAAAGUAACAGGCGAACAGAUGCAUAAUUGAGAGAAAAAAAUAAGCUAAUACUUGAAUGCAUAAACCGUCAGUAUGUAAGACUUAAACAUGGCUUUAUUUAAUUCCACGAAAAAGGGAAGUGCUACUUAUUUCCUCGAUCAGAACCAUGGUAUUUAGUUAUAGCCAAGUCCUACCUAAUCCUUGGGAAAAACGGCGUCAGCUACAAUUAUAAUUUCUAAAUAUGAUAUUUCUUCUUAUACAUCGAAGCAGUCCAUCGAAGUACAGUCUUCGAUUUCUAAUUCUGCCAGAAUUAGUAACUAUUCCAAAGGAUUCCAAGGGCAAUUUGCAGGAAAGACCACAUUCAUAUCUGUAUAAAGAAAAAAGAUGAAAACUACAAAUUAAAACCGAUAAACGGCACCCGAAAAGUCGCCCUUCUAAAUCUAGCAGAGACAAUCGAGCGGACGAAUUCAGUUGAGCAACCAAACACGAGUUGUGUACAUAUAAAGCUUACCUUCCUCCUUAAUGUGCGAUCCAGCUGAGUCAUUGUUCAAUCGAAGUUGAUUUGAAACAAGCCAACUCUAAGCAACCUAACAAGUGAUAUUUUGCGCUGAAAAUAACAUCUUUUUCGGAUGCAUUCACUGCAAAGACAAUCCGUUUACACAACACUGUCGUACUGCACAGAAGUCCGCCUAAAGAUUCGAACCAAGAAAACUGAUCUUCUGCGCAUUUCUAUUGGUUCAAAAGCCCCACGUGAUCGCGUAAGUCUUUAAGCGGGGAGGCCUGGACGCUAGUUCAAGCACCAAACAUGGCGUCAAAUCACGGCACGAUCGUAGAGAUGUCUGUCUUUAAAGGCUUUCAAUCGUGGUCCCUUUCAGAGUUAAUUGUACUAUUCCGGCACUGUCGAAGAGUAAAGCAGGGAGAGGAAAAUAUAGCAUUAUUCUCCCAGGGGAGGGAACCUUUGAAAAAGGCAGCAGGCCUAUUCAUAGUCUGUUACACAGCCGUUCUUAGUGUCGUCACGCAACGCUCCUCACCACUAAAAUCGGCUGUGUAGCAGACUAGCCUAUCCACGGAUGCGGCAAAAAACUCUAAUAUUGCUUGUGUAGGUUCGCCGCAAUACUCCAUGAAAAGCAAUCUCAUCAAUCAGGUUAGACUCGAGUAAUAGCGGAGCUCCACGCGCGCACGAAGCGCGCGCGUGGGCGGAGCCCCAUUGCUAAGUAAAUCUACCCAUCCCAGAAAAUUUGGUAAUCACGUGACCGUACACCGACCGCCGACCGACCGUCCGUCCGCACCACAGGAAAACCAAUGUUUACUCUCACAUUUUAACUAGUUUGGGAGCCCAAGAGAAAACUAAUUUCACAUCAAUGUUGUGAUCAAUUGACAGCUGUCAAAACAGGACAUCCGCUGACCAGUAUCACCUGACCGUACCGCGGGCUCAAGUGUUGACCCAUCGAGGUCAAGUAUUUUUUGAAGUUAUCCGCUGAUUAAUUACCAGUUUGAAAUGAUCGCAGGCUCAAGUUUAUUUUUUCCAAGGAUUCAUAUCAAAUAUGUUGUGUUUAUGUCACUAUGGCCCCGCACUAUUAGAAUUUUGAUUUCAAACUGACUUCGGAAGCGAAAAUUCAGCCAGUUUUUUUAAAAGUACAGGCGGGGAAGACCUUAUCCUACCAUGGUCCCGCGUUGGUCACGCUCUACGUCCAAUUUUUAUACUCUGAUUGGUCAAAAUUGACAGGUGAGUUCAUGCGAAAAAACUAUGCAGCAUCUUGAAAAUUGUUUACUUUGACAGCUGAAGCUGAAGAGUUUUGUGUCAACUUGUGAUGUUUUUAACUGUCUUUUUCUUCUGGAUGUACAAAAUGAAAUACAGCUGCUAUCAAGAGUCUUCUGUUAUUCAUGGCUGGUUUGUUUACUGGGUUUUUGGUUGAGGAACGCGUCGCUUGUCAAAAUUUGGUAAUUCGAUUUCGGAUGGCAUCGUUUUCGUUUUUCACCUUGCUUAAUGCGUAAGAGGAUUUAAAAGUCUCAAGCAACUGUGGCCUUCCUUGAUAGCUUUCAGGAACUGAAUCUCGAAUGGUAAGCCUGAGUAACUAUUGUAUUUGAUGUUUGUUUUUGUUAUAUCUAAUUUCAUGAAGUCUUGCACAUUCACGCUGACAGUUUAUGCGGCAAGUUUAUGCACGUUUGUAGCCGUAGUUUGAGUCAAUGAUCUGACCUAGUAUCAGGUUUGAACGGUUUGAUAUAAGCUUCUCAAACUCAUUAAUAAUUCAUUAAGAAAAUACAAAGGAAAUUAAUGUUUAAUGAGUGUUUGGAAAUCGGAUGAAACACUGCUUAGUAUUUGCAUCCUUAAUUUCUCCUUCAAAAAUGAUUUUGUUUGAGAAGAAAUAUCAAACAUUCGACACAGUGUUUCAUCACCAGAUGAAACACCUCGAAGUUCGUAAAAAAUACUCCGCUGCGCGUCGUAUUUUCAACUCUCUUCUCGGUGUUUCAUCUGGUGAUGAAACACUGCAUCUCAUGUUUGAUAUAUUACUUACAGAACUUUAAAAAGCCUUCAGAUAUAUUUGCUCACCACAGAUAGAAAGAAAACGUUCCGAAGAAUAUUUAGUUAUAAAUUUGGCUGUAGAAAGAAAACUUUGAACGAUUUUCUUGCUUCGAGGAGAUCACCUUGGAAAACAGUAAACACCCGCGCCGUUAAGCCGGCUUAUAAAGCUUCACGCCGAGACUCAGGAUUUUUAGAGACACUUUAAUACUUGCCUUCAUGAAUGAAAAUUGUUAUCUGUGUAAAUUUUUCACCGAAUUAUAUUUCUUUUUUUUAUUGUUAGUAGUCUCUCUUGCAAUUUUAAUCGCUUGUCUGUGCCGUUUGUUUUCAUCGUUCAUGACCAUCGCUUGCAGGAGUACUCAAAAAUGUCGCGCGUAUCAAACGCUUUAUAAGAUUACACAUCGUUAUAACUGAAACCAUUAAAUAACAAAAAAAAUAAUAAUAAAUUCGCUAUUAUGUUGAAGCUUAACUCUAUUAAAGUUCAUUCAAACACUCGACCACACUGACAGCUCGCACUAUAGAAACGAGAACCGGCUGCCCAUAUGGGUGAUUUUGGAAAUUUUUGAACGGUUUCGCUUUACGAUUGAUCGUUCUGAAUAUUGACUGAGUGCAAUUUGUCUUGAAAAAUUUUGAAAUACUGCAUUCUGUCCGAGGUCUGUAUGAUAAAUAGUACUGUUUCACCUCAAAGGUGAUGUAUAAAAAUUAUAAAAGGUUGGUUUAAACACCCCAGAUUUGUUGGCAAGAAUUUGUAAAGUAAACCUGUCGAACGCAAAAAAAUUCGGCGUGAUUUGUUUUCCAAGAAUUUGUUUUCGAGGCCUAAUCUACCGUGAUCUUGAAUGUGAUCGAAGAUGUUUGCUAUUUUUUGGGUGUACAUAUAAGGUUAUCAAUUCGAUGUAAGAUGUUUCACUCUAAAAUAAUUUAGCCUUUCCCUCAAACGUCACAUGAAUGUGCCAUUAAGUUAAAUGAUUUGUAGAUUAAAAGUUUAUUUUUUGAUUUAAAUUAUAAAUUUAUUAAUUGGAGCUUCGCUUUUAGCCCUGGCUAAAUCUAUAUAUUAGGGAAAAUCUUAGCUCUCAACAAAAAACACUUCGAUACCGAGAAGAGUUAUGUGCCUAGUGGGAUCAUUUUCUACUGGCUAUUUAAGUACGGUACCCGUACAUCGUCUUGUAUUUGCUAUUCAUACGGGAUUCCGACUAAACUGAUUAGGGCUAUUAAAGCACUGACUCGAAACGGUAAGCUUCCAAAUAGGGUUACAGUUGUUUUUAUAUGAGUAAACUCAAACUCCACCUAGCAGAGAGUUACUACUCCGUGCUAGAGUGGUUAGGUUACGAACUCAGUGGAUUCUACGCCCCUGGAUCGGUUCUCAAUCUUGCCACAUCGAAUUUUUCUUCUUUACAAAAUUUGCCACUGAAAUUUUUUCCUUAAAAAUAGAACAGUGGUUGAAGAGACUUACACUUUCAUGGAAAUUUGUUGAUCAGAAAUUUCAAGAGACUUGAAAAUUUCAUAUAAAUUUUAAGUAGAGACUUGAUCCCGUAUGUCAUAGCAAAUACACGUGGGUGUACGGGUCCUGUACGAAUAGCAGCACUGUGUCAAUGUAAUGAAGCAACUGCAUGUUGUUAAUAACAGUGAUCUUCUCAUAUUUUAAAAGCCACAAUGCUUUUAAAAGAUAAAUGGCAGACAGCCCUACUAAAAAACAAUUUUCUAUAUUUAUUUUUUUUAACAGGAUCAUUUUUUUGUUAAAGCACUCAAAACAUUCCUCUUUAUAGUUAGCAAUAAAAUUUCUUACACAGGGACUUUCAGCGUCGCCUGUCGGUGAACAAUACUUUUGCAUUGUCUGUCUAAUUUAAACUAAAUGCACUAUUUUGCUUUUAGAAAACUUCCAAAUGUUUCCUAUUUUUCUAUCCAAUAAAAAGUGCAGACUUGAACAUGUGAUUAACGAGUUGAUGAGUUGCUUGAUUACUGAAUUUGUAUGGAUUUUCUCAUACAAACUGCAAGGUAUUCUAUCGAACUCCAUGGACACGCUAUGGCAUUCCAUGAAACUGUAUCAGUACUUCAGGGAACCCCAUGGCAUUCCAUGGAACUCUACAAUAUUCCCAGGAAUUCCAUGGACCUCCAAGGAAACUCCAUGGAAUUUCAUGGCAUUCCAUGGAACUCCAUCAAUACUUCAUGGAACUCCGUGGAACUCCAUGGCAUUCCAUGGAACUCCAUGGAUACUCCAUGGAACUCCAUGGAUACUCCAUGGAUACUCCAUGGAUGUUCCGUGGAAUUCCAUGGAUUUCCAUGGAUUUCCAUAGAAUUCCAUGGAUUUCCAUAGAUUUCCAUGGAUUUCCAUGGAUUUCCAUGGAAUUCCAUUUAUGGAGGUAUUUCACACGGGUGGCGUGUGACAGGAAAUUGUUAGCAUACUAGCACGAUUUUUACGUUUGCUUUCGACAAGAAAUAGACUCAUCGAAAUAGAAAUAGAAACAGGCUUGCUUUAUUUAAUAUUUUUCAUUUCUUUUAUAGCCUGCAGAACUAGUUCCUUGUGCAUAGCACGUGUCUCGCGCUCAAACUCCGCCUCGCAGUGCUGGCGUGAAUAGCGAAAAAAAAAAAAAUUGGCUCCCGUAUAGACACACAAAAAUAAAAAGGCUUUUCUUCUUCCAUUUCAGAGGUCAGUUUUGUUUCGUUCUGGUCAAAAUAAAUCAGGUUUUUAGGUUGUAGGUAAUAAAAUAUUGUCUUAUUCUGUUCUCAAGGACCUUUAGAAAACGAGAUAAACGAGAUAAUUGACUAGAGAAAGAAGCGUGAAAAAGCUUUUUUGCAAGAAAAUAUUUUUUAAUUUCCGCAGCAAUUUUGCGAAAUCGCGAAGCGCAAUAUAUUCAGUUUUUUCCAAAGCCGUCUUGAUUAAGCGGUGCAAUGCCAUCACAACUAAACAUAAAUUUAGUUUGUAUAGCAAAAGCCGCGAAAAUAGAGAUGAAAAAAAAAUGGAUCGGAAAAAUUAAUAAAAUCACCAAAAUUAUGACUAUCCAGUACCAGUGAAUUGUUUCAAAAUUUAAAGCGGCCGAAACUUAUUUCCAUCAGCGCGUAGCUAGUUAGUUAAGCAAUAAUAAUGCACAGCACUGUAAAUAACACGCUUCUAAAAUAUCUGACGGCUUCGCGUUUUGUUCUUCGCUGCAUACGAUUUAAUCGCUUAUAACCUAACAGAAAAUGCAUGAAUACAAACAAGCUCGCUGUUCCACAACCCCGCACUGAAUUUUGAAAAAGAAGCCUUUAUUAUAACGGAAGAGUGUUGUAGAACAGCUUGUCUCUGAAGGUGCGGCAAUAGUUUUUUUAAAGGAAAAUUAAAAAACCUUAAUUUAGAUAUAAGUAUCUUUACACAAGGCCUCAAUUUGUCUUUUACUAUGGUUUUAGACAAUACGACUUCUCCAAUCAAUUGUGCGUCAAAACAAUGUGUCAAGCGUGCGAUAAAGAAAUAGUCGAAGUGCCAUGGUUUAGCACUUUAUGACAAAGUUUUAACUGGAAGACUUGUUGCCAUGUGAUGUACACCUGUAUGGUCUAUGUUUGUAAGCUCUAGCUGAAGAAUCGCUGGGUUACACUUCACCCAUGGGUGUGCCACCUAAAGUGCAGCCUAUGUUUGUUAUCUCUGUCUAAAGAAUCACUGGGUUACACUGCACCCAUGGGUGUGCCACCUAAAGUGCAGCUUUUGUUUGUUAUCUCUGUCUAAAGAAUCACUGGGUUAUACUGCACCCAUGGGUGUGCCACCUAAAGUGCAGCCUUUGUUUGCUAUCUCUGUCUAAAGAAUCACUGGGUUACACUGCACCCAUGGGUGUGCCACCUAAAGUGCAGCCUAUGUUUGUUAGCUCUACCUAAAGAAUCACUGGGUUACACUGCACCCAUGGGUGUGCCACCUUAAGUGUAGCCUAUGUUUGUUAGCUCUACCUAAAGAAUCACUGGGUUACACUGCACCCAUGGGUGUGCCACCUAAAGUGCAGCCUACGUUUGUUAGCUCUACCUAAAGAAUCACUGGGUUACACUGCCCUCACGGACGUUUGCCUCGCGCUCUCUUGAAAGAGAAAAAAGCUAUAGUCUGUUUGGCCAAAAAUCAAGCUUCGUUCCCCCUAAAAAUUUGACCCCAUAUUGGGCCCCGAAAGACGUUAAAAGUUCCCCCAUAAUAGAGGAGUGUUUUGCUAGAUUUAACAAACGUUUGGCUUACAUGAGUUUCAAUAUAAAGGUGCAAAAACUUAUCAGCAUAAUGAUAGCACACAAACAUUGUCAUCAAACUCCUGGCAUGUAGCCUGAAUAAGCCAAGCAAAUAUAAAUAAAGCAUAUAACGAGAAAUAUUCGUCAAAUGGUCUCGUUAAGUAAAUUAUACUUCACUUUGCGAAAGAAAUUUAUCGCUUGUAUCCGUGUUACGCAUCGAAAAAGCGAGGAGUCAUCGCAUGACAUUAGGUAACAGAGGUAAUACUCACGGGUUUGACGAAUUCCAAUUCCACGAUUUUUCGCCGAGUAACAAAUUUAAAACUUCAAUUCUUACCUAACAGUUGUCGGUUCAUUUACCUUACAUUCGCCAACACUGGUAAACAUGAACAAAACGAUGAGAUCCGGCACUCUUCUUUCAGAGGUAGCAGGCCGGAUGAAAUAAAAUUCACCGAUAUACGCUGCAUUCUCACUACAAAUAUAAACAUUUGUCGUGGAGAAAAUACGACGAGGAGGAAAAAAUGCCAGAUCUUCGCCUCGGUAAUGUAUUCCUGCUACCGAGCCGGCGUAUCUCCACAAGGUGGACUCGAAGUGGGACAAAACUUGUGAUUCUUUUAGGAGCCCUUUGCGCGCAAACUAAUUUAUUCUGGCGCGAAAUGAAGAUUAAGAAAAUGUAUCUGAAAUCUAAUACACGACAAGAAAAUUUUCGCACUUUCGAGGAGUGUGACAUAUUAAAUAGGAUUAAGUCGGAUUAGCUGCCAGCGGAGAAAGUAUCCCUGCGUGGGAUUGUACUUCCAGUAAAAAGCCUUUGUGUCCUCUCAUGGCGCAAAGAAAACAAAACCAAAUAUCAAAAAUGACCAGAGAGCCUCGAGGUCACUCCGGAUUUCGAGUGACAGGGAUGAUCGAAGGAUUUUUGGGGGUUUAAAAUGUUCGAUUUCGGGAUUUUUGUGGGUAGCAAAAUUUUGGCAGGUAUUUUCCAGUUUGGGUAGCUUGAUUGAGGUAGGGAUUUUUUUGGGUAUUCAAAACAAUCUGAAGAUUAGUGAUAGUUAUACCGUAAAAUUCCGAAAAUAAGCCCCGAGGCUUAUAUUUUUCCUUUUUGAGGGGCUUAUUUUUGGAGGGGUUUCUCUACGGAGGGAAAUUUGCGUUUCAAAAUCGAUUGGGCUAGCCUUACAGUUGGAAGGAAAUUUACCGUUUUUGCUUUGUUUUACUUUGAAUUUGAGGGCAAUUUUCCAAGUACAAACCCCCCGGAGGGCUUACAUCUGGUGGGACGAUUUAACGGAGGGUUUUUGCGCUACCGGAUUGGGGGGCUUAUACAUGGAGGGGCUUUUUUUUCCCGAAUUUUACGGUAUCAUUUGAUGCUCUCUGGAAGUUUUUGUGACCCGGAAAGUCGUCAUUGGAUUUUUGGGGGGUUAAAUUUUGGUCCAGGGAUUGUUUGGGGUUUUGUUUGAAGCCCUAAGAAUUUUUUUGGGUUUCGAUUUUUGCCCCCAUUCGAUCAUCCCUGUCACUUGAAAUCCCCCUCCCCACAGGGUUUCUGUGAUAGGUAUUAUUCCAAUCAGAUAGGAUGUUUGAAGCCAUUUCGCAAUCACUUGUUUCCGCGUCCUUCGAUUGUUAUAACAACCCACCCUCUUUGGCACAGAAAGUUAUUCAUGUCUUCUAGCAGACCAAGAGCCAUAAUGGCUCUUGAGCAGAGCAACUCCUCUUGGUCCGUGUUGACAUUGCCCGCUCCAGGCGUCGAACAGUGGAGUGAGGCACGAAGUAAGAGAGCGGGAAAAACACCUACCACACCCUAGCCUGCAGUGGGCGAAACCUUGUUCGUGUUCGUAUUGUUGUAGCCGCCUUCAUGGUGCUUGUGAUGAACAAUGAACAUUCAAUCAAAGAGAACUUUAUUACGUAAUUAAGCUUAGUUUUGUUUUGAUUUAAAUAAGAUACGUUUCUGUUCAGUUUCAUUUAUCGAGUUUUUACGCUCGUAUUUUUCAUGUACUAUUGUUCACAGUUUGAAUCAAUUACGUAGCUAGCCAUUCCUGUUUCCUAACUGGUUUUACAACUGUACACGUGAAUUGUACCCUUAUCAGAGAACGCCCCUUUAGUUUUUGUGGAGUUGGAGUUAGGAGAUCUACGGAGCAACAUCGGAGUUUUCAGAGCAGUUUUAUCUUUUUCGGAGUUACGUAACUUUGGAGUUUCUAUAGCCCUUAAGACAGGAUCAGACGUAAGUUUCAGCUUAUUGUAUUUAGUUUUCGUUUUCCUUUCAAUUUUGCUUCUUUUGUAAUUAGUCUUAGCCCCUUUUUUGAUCUUGUACAUUGUAAUUGCCCCUUUUAUUUUUCACCGCAUGUGUACAAUAAUUCAGACGAGUUGAUGAUCGUAUUAAAUGCUGUUGAGUCAACUUGUGCUGUUAAAUUCUAUACUGUGGUUGACACUUCCCGAUCUCCAGUGCACAACACCCCGUGUCCGCUGCACUGGGUACGCGACAGUGCUUUCGCGAGCAAAAACAUUUGCGUGCCAGAAGAAAACGCCUGCAUUGCAGGCUAACCACACCCCCUCGCUGUUUUUUUUUUUUCUGCUCACAUCUCUUUCCCCACGAAAAAUAAAAUACACUUGUUUCACGGCCUGUCAAUACCUAGAAGGUGUCUAUAAAAGAAGUAGACUGCACUUUUCACGCCAGCACUGCGAAGCGGACUUGGAGCGCGAGAUACGAGCAAUGCAUGGAGAACAAGUUCUGCGGGCUAUAAAAGAAAUUUAAAAAAUCAAAUAAAGCAAGCCUGUUUCUAUUUCUAUUUCGAUGAGUUUAUUUCUUGUCGAAAGCAAACGUGAAUCGUGACAAAGGUCAUGCGAUCUUGUGCGAUGUUUAUCUGCUGACGAAUGAUUGAAGUGAGGAAAGGCUUUCAAAAUCGAAGUCACCAGUUUACGGUGAAUUUUCUUUCCUUUUUGUCUCCCGCCUGAAGUAAACUCUUCUUACUCCUGCUUCUGAAGUACCACAGCGACGUGUUGUGACUUUAUCUCGAUGCAAGGCCGGAUUGCGCGGACGCAGUUGCUGAACAAACGUACGUUUGUCGUCUGGCUUAAAAGUAUGAAUUUUGUGACUCAAAACGACGCAACUGAAGUUGGAAAUAACCUUCCUUGCUGUAAAAACGUGAUACAAGCGAUGAUGAGUAAUCCUUUCAUGUAAAACUUUUGUUUUGGUUUGGCAACCGUCCGCAAGCCGUCUAAUUUGCAUGAAUUUUUCCUAUUCAAUAGCUCUCACCGCUUGCUUGCUUUGGUGUCAGGAUGGUAUUUGAUUUCCAGAGCUAAAACGUUCCAGUAAUUUAGUAAAAUAGCCAAGCUACCAUUUUAUAUUGAUUUUAUGAUCAAGCGGCAUAUACCAGAUGCCUUUUAUAAUAGUCAAAGUUAGCCUUCAUUUUCUAGCAUGUCCAACGUCACAAAUACGACCUCUUUAGACUUGUCGAUUAUAAAAAUUUAAAACAUUGUUAUUUAAAAUUUUCCUUUAGGAUUUUAAAGAGUAAGAACGAAAUAAUAAUUCGCUGAAGUUUCAGUAUCAGUGAAUGUUUCUUACGAGUUCACUCUUCUCUCGAAGUUGCCGUUGCAUGCUGCUGUGUUUUGUGCGAAAAAUAGGCAUAAAAUCAAUUUUUCAAACUUUUCUAAUUUCUCCUUUGAAAUGAAUCGUUUGAAGCCAAAACUAUUUUUCAUUAAAUUAGGUCACUAAACGGGAUGUUUUGGCAAAAUAAAAAAAAAUUCGAUUUUUUGACGAGUGUCUUGCGAUUCUCGAUUUUCUCAGAAAAUGCCUCUUAACUUGCUGCAGUCAUACAGGCCGUCAGUUAUCAUUUUUCCAGAUUCAACCACUUGUCGAAGGGUCAAAUGAUUGUGCGUGCUAAGCACAGGCAGCCCAAGCGCACUAUUUGUGGGUUCGGGCUUCAGAGGUCAUUUGAUCGGAAUAUACUAGAAUUAUUAGUGUAUUAUCUGAUGCCAAAUAAAUGCAAAAAGUCUUAAAGAUAUGAAGUCUUCUUGUUGGUCUAUCGCUACUAGUAGCCUUUAAGAUAACGAAAAUCGAUAUUUCUUGCAUUAUUACAUGUGAUUCGGGCCCUUAUUGAUCGAACUUUAUCACAUGUAUUCGAAUCUACAACGCUAAGGGAAAAAAAAUCAUGAUCACGCGAAAUAUUGAUUCAAAAAGCUCCCUUACCUUUAGUUCAUAACCACUCUGUGUCCUACGGCUGGUUUAAACGCCGUUUAGUCGACUUUCUUUCCACCGAGUACUGUUUAGUACUCGAUGGAAAUAGUGCGCUUGGGCUGCCUGUGUGCUAAGUAAUUCAAAAACCGAAAGCGGAACUUCCAAUGCUAAUUACGAAAGCGGUCAGUAUAACUUAACUGUGGAUUGUGGACCACGGACUACGGACUGGGUAUAAAACACGGACUAGGUAUAAAACACAGACUCCGGACUGAGUAUAGUACACGGACUAGGUACAAUAAAAACAGCUUUAGAAAGGUAAAACUGAGAGAAACGGAAAGCGGACUAGCAUAAAACAGUAGUCCCAGCUCCUUGCCUCACACACAAACAUUCCUUUAGCUGUCACGCAGUCUAUUCUCCCCAACGUCAGCGUCAUGUGGGGAAGGAAAGCAUACUAAACGGAAAAGGAAGGUUAUGCCGCUACUCAAGGGAAAUGAAAUUAAACUCUGAAUUUUAUAAAAAGAAGGAGUUAGAAGAGAAUUCAAUAUUCAAUAAGAAGCAACGAAUUAAAAAAAAAUAGUAUUGGUGUUAGUCAGAGUAAAAUUCUCAUAGAUGCCACUAUUCCGUUUCAAAUAAAGCCUUGGGAAUAUGAGGAAAUGAAGAACUCAGACUAGAAGGUCAAUAUAGGGGCAUUUCGUGAUGUAAAAAAGCAGUAUUUAGGGUGGAGGGAUUACUCACCUAUGCGUGAAUAAUAACCGAAAUGAAUCAUCGAACAUUAUAUUCCAAGCGAUGAUUAUGAUGACAUGAUUUGCACCCUGCUCCUGACCCCCGGAGGAGGGUACUUCUGGGAAUUCUUGGUAUGGGUGUGCUUCCCGAUUCUCCAAAUCCUGACCCUUUUCAAACCAAAAAAUGUCAUUUUCCACACUGGUUUUCAGACCAGAUCUCUGAAAUCCAUACCCAUUUUCAGAUCUGGUCAAAUUUAGCCAGUUCCAGGCUCUCAGAUAGUGGGGGAUCAGUUUCCUUUCGUUUUAUUUUUUGUGUUCGUACUUUCUCAAUUCAGCGGACCCAACUAUCUCGGAGCCUGGAACAGGUUAGGCCUGAUCAGGCAGAAAUUAUGUCAUCAUUAUCAGAUUAGAGCAUAAACAAAAACACGAAUUCUUCAAAGAAAAACAAGUUAUACCACGAUGGUCUAUGGGAUGAGUACAAAGUGUAUCGUAAUAAAUUAUCAUUGUACCUAAUAUCUUCCUCCAAGAAGAAAGUAAACCAUAUUUCUAUUAUUACGUGUAAAAAACCCGAUGGUAGUCUCUAAACUGACCCGAGUGAAAUUUCAAAUGUGCUUAAUGAGCAUUUUGCUAGUAUUGGACAUAACCUUGCUUCCAAACUACCACCUUCUAAGCACUCAUUUAAAUGAUGAGUAUCUCACUAACAACCGUUUGCCAAACUCUUUUAACUUUGAACCCUUUAUUCCCACUGACUAGUGCCCAAAUUCAGGCCUUGCCCCUCUACAAGUCUUAUGGCAUGACGAUGUUCUCUUGUCCUGUCAAAAUCCUAAAAGGCUGCAAACACAUUAUUAGCCAACCACUUGUUAACAUUUCAAUCUAUCUGUUAUCCAAGAUAAACAUCCCAGCAAACUAAAAGUUGUCAAGAUUGUGCAAGUUUAUAAAGAUGAUGAUGAGUCCUGUGGCAGCAAUUACAGUCCUAUUUCUCUUUUGUCUAUAUUCAAUAGAAUAUUUGAAAAACUAAUGUAUCAAAGACUCAGUAAAUUUAUCAGUAAGCACAAUAUAUUGAUUAACUCCCAAUAUGGCUUCAGGGGUGGUACAAUUCAGAGUAACAUGAAAAGUGGUAAAUUCACCUGUGGACUCUUUAUAGAUCUGAAAAAUGCCUUUAAUACUGUUGAUCACUAUAUUCUUUUUCAAAAACUUGAUUUUUAUGGCAUCAGAGGUAUUGUUAAUGAUUGGUUCCGAUCUUACCUAACCUAUAGGAAACAAACCACUUCAAAUGGCUCGUAUAUCUCCAAUAGUGAAACAACUUUGUACGGUUUUCCACAGGGCUCUGUGCUGGGCCCACGUUUAUUCUUAUUGUAUGUUAAUGACAUUGCAAAUUCUUCAAGGCAUCUUUCGUUUUAUUUAUUUGCUGAUAAUACAAGCAUUGUUUAUGCAAACAACAACCUCCAUAAUCUUGAACAGAUAAUUCUGAACUAAGUAAUGUCAGUGACUGGCUUUCAGCUAAUAAGCUAACCCUUAAUUUUAAAAAAUCUAAUUACGUGCUUUUCCGUCCUCGACAGAAAUGUUUAACAUAUAAUCCCCCCAUCAAAGCUUAUGAUCCAGCUAUAGAUGCAUUGAGUACCUUAGAAAAGAAAGAAUUUGUCAAAUACCUUGGUGUUCUGAUUCAUUAUGAACUUUGCUGGAAAAACCAUAUUAAUCUACCGUAAAAUUCUGAAAAUAAGCCCCUCCAAAUAUAAGCCGCCCAAUCCGGUAAUGCAAAAAACCCUCCGUUAAAUCGCCCCUCCAAAUAUAAGCCCCCGGGGGCUGGUACUUGGAAAGUUACCCUCAAAUACACAGUGAAACAAAGCAAAAACGGUAAAUUUACUUCCAACCAUACGGCUAGCCCAAUCGAUUUUGAAACGCAAAUUUCCCUCUGUAGAUAAGUCCCUCCGAAUAUAAGCCCCUCCAAAAAUAAACCCCUCCAAAAGUGCCUUUGAAAAAUACAAGCCCCGGGGCUUAUUUUCGGAAUUUUACGGUAAUCGGUUUAAAGAUAAGUAUAACCGUGGGAAUUCUAGCAAAGCUUAGACAUAGUAUUCAAUUACGUCCCCUCUUAAAUAUCUAUCAAGCCCUUAUCAACCCCUAUCUUUAUUAUGACAUCUAUGCUUGGGGCUCUGCACCUAAAACUUAUUUAAAUAUGAUACUCUUAAUUGAAAAACGAGCCCUACCUGAUUUACUUUACGGAUUGUAAGCAACAUGCUGUACCACUUUUCUUAAAUUCGAAAGUCUUUCUCCUAUCUCUCAUUUACUUUGACUGUCUUUGUAGUAUCAUGUGGGACGUUGCUAACAAUUCUGUACCUGAAAAUAUCAAGCGAGCCUUUACUAGGAUUUCUGAGGUGCACUCAUAUCCUACCCGAUCUUCUCUCAAUGAUGAUUUCAAUACCGAACACUCAAGGCUUGAAAAAAUGCGUAGUUCUUUUCUAAGAGUUGGACCAAAAAUCUGGAAUUCUUUACCCUCAGAUAUGAGAAACUCACCAAAAUCUACUUUUCGGAAAAAGAUAAGGAAUAAGCUCUUUGAAAUUUUAUCUAAAUCUGAUGACUAUCUUGAAAUUACUGAAAUCAUGCAUCAACUUAAAUUUAACUAGCUCAGGAACACGACUAAACUUAUCUUCUCUGUGUAAAUCAUAUUGUAAUUAAAUUAGCUUAAUACAUACUAUAAUUUUUUUACUUUGCGACAGCUGGUACUGUUUGUGAAAUACUUAUUUUUUUCCCUUUCCUUUCUUUUAAUUUGUGUGUCUCUUCCCCCGCCUCGAUUAGGCUCUCCUAUAUGCGGGUGGAAGCCAUCGUGAAAUUGUAAAUUGAGAUUGAAUGAAUAAAGUUGAAGUUGACGCUGAAGUUGAAAUGCAUUUCGAAUUCACAUAGUUCUAUUUCGUUCUUAUUCAUUUGGAAUUGAAACGAUAAGUACUCUCCCGUAGUUUCCCGGGAAACCAUAUCCGUUUCCAGUCCAACAUAGGCAAAGUGUUUUCAGACCAAAAAGGUCCAAAAAUCCUAAGCCAUGUAGGUAUGUGCCGCCUCAAAGGGUAUGUAAGGGAGUACCUCCCCGUGUCCUGACCCCUUUCCCGAUUGAAAAAAGUGGGUGUAGAAAAUUUUUAUUAGGCUCAUGAUUCAGAGAACCGGGCGGCAUACCCCCAAGAAUUUCCAGGAGUAUUUAUAACUUAAACUCACGUCUCCUGCUAUUUAGCGAUCUUUUGAUCUUAUUUUUCCUUACCUAGAACCGAUUAGCUCCGUUUUUACCAUCGUAGUCCGUAGACCGUAUCUUACCCAGUCCACAGUCCGUAGUCCGCAGUCCGCAGUCCGUGUCUUAUACUGGCCAAUUACGAAAGGAAUUCAUUCCAGAGGUGUAAAUCUCGGAAAUCUGUGUCCUAAGAUGUGCGAAUAGGCCUGUUUCAAACGACAGGCGUAGUUAAUCGAUAGAAAUCGACCAAAGUGACUGGAUAGGGAGAAUCCACGGUAGCCGAGCUAGCGCUCGAUCAAACUAACUAAUUGAUAUCGGAAAUCAAUUUAAUUCGAUUGAUAUCGAUUAUAUCAACUAUUGAUAUAAUCGAUAUCAAUCGAUUUGAUCUGCCGAUUGUUAUCGAAUGAUUUUGGAAAUCGAUGGACAUCGAAGUCACAGAAAAAUAAGCGGUUGUCGCCCUUUGAGUUGUCGUCGUGCUGUUCUUGCCAUGUUUUUAGCUAUUCGCCUAGUUCUUACUCUUGAAACGAGUGAAAUGUCCGCCAUUUUGUUUUCACAACCAAAACAACUCAACCUCGUCCCCAGGGUUUCUCGGUUAACUGUGCAUUAACCUGCAAGAAAGCUGCACUUUUGACGUUAUCAGUUCAUUAAACGUACAAUUCCUCCAAAUUUGGUCAUCAGUAGCUGGUUAUGGUGAAUUUCUGCGUGUGGUUUGAGCCAAUCAUAAUCGGGGAAAUAUUUUGAAAGAGUAAUAAUAGGUUUUAAUAGAUCUUUACAUGUUCAAUCAAUCCUGCGCCAUCGACUCAAUGUAUCUUUCAUUUCUUUCCUUGAAAUCUCGCUCACACUGGAAUCCAAUUCAAUGCGGAAAAUACACGGGCAUUGAAGAGGUCCAGAUCGCUGCCAUCUUUUGACAUAAGGGGCCGUAAUUGGUUCGGCGAAAACUGUUAUGUCACUGUGCAUGCAAAUCUUUUUAGUCUUUGAAGACCUAAUAAUACUCAAUAAAACAUCGUGUCAAUUUUGAACUUCUACCGAAUGACUGACGUCUUUUCUGAUAAAAGUCGAUAGUAAAUCGAUAACAAUGAUUAAAUAAAUAAAUCGAUUUAUAUCGGAAAUCGAUAUUAAUCGAAGUCACAACUUGCAUUGUUGCGGGCCACAAGAGGAGCCCGCAGCCUAUUCUUGGUCAGCGGCACUCGUUUAAUUGUAUAGCGAGAUUUUUCCGAACCUGUCCACAUUCUUGGGAUUCCCGUGUUGUACCGACUAAUAUGACUGGUAUGUGGCCACGAAGGUCCUGGUGUUGAGUUUAAGGUCCGUGUGAUGUCACGGUAAUCACGUGAAUGAACAUGCAAGUAAUGCAACAAUCAUUAUUACAUUCGAUUCGCAAGCACACGUAGUUCAGAUACACAAGUACUGUACUAGCUAAAUGGGAGACUUUUCGAUUCGCCUUGCCGGCCUGGCAACUAUUUACCCAGGAAAAUAAAAAGUAGAGCCUGAUCUCAGCUUAGUGCAGGAAAAUUUUCGGUAAAAUACGAGUGUUAUUACUAUUAUUCUAGUUAUUACGCAUGCGUCGCAUGUAUGUAGCCAGCAUUCGUUUGUACUUCCACAAAGAAUGAAUGGAAUGCACAGAACGCGAUUUGAUCACGUGCGUUUGGACCUUCUAUCACUCGUAAUCUAUCACUCGUAACCAUUACAAAGCUAAUUCAUCGUCAAUUUGCAGGUUCUCGAAUGGCUUCUGCUACACCUUCAUAUGUCUCCUCCAAAGAAACAACAAAUUUUGCUCGCCUUUGUCGUCUUUUGGUGGAUGUAGGAUCUCAGGCGCUGAGAGACAAGUUUGACAGCAUCCACCCACCAGCAGGACUGCAUGGAAUUCUAAAAAAACCACCAGCACACACAGCACUGGAAGCACUUAGGAAGAAAAGAAUUCUCAAUCCCACACAAUGGGCUAAGCUGUAUCCCCCGGAUCCCUUGACCCUGUCUUCAAACAAUUUUGAUGUUACACUUUUGAUGUUGCUGUUAAGGAAAAUAUGUGGAUUGACUGCUCCAGCAACUGGUUGGGACAAUCUCCCACCUGCUGGAGAUCCAAGUGUUGAAGCUAACAUAGCAAGAGUGAAGUAUUAUAGAAACCAUGUUUAUGGGCAUGCCAACCAGGCUUCUGUGGACGAUCUCGCAUUUAAUUCUUAUUGGCAAGAAAUAAGUACUGCAUUGGUAGGACUGGGUGCAGAUGCAGCUGCUAUUUGUAAGCUGAAGACGGAGAGUAUGGACCCGACCAUUGAGAAACAUUACCAAGAGUUACUGACGGAGUGGAAGAAAGAUGAUGAUAGCACCAAGGAAAUACUUGAUGAGAUUGAAGGUUUGACGGACUUGACUUUUGCCUAUUAUUCUCCAGCAGACACAUCUACAUUGUUGUAUUCAUACUUAUAACAUAAGAUCAUCCUCCAAAAACAAUAUCUUCGAAAAAAAUAUCUUCAAAAAUUUAUUCUUGAAAAAGUAAGACAAAGCCGAUGGAAUGAGAUGCCAGGUAGGAUGAGAGAAAAAAUCGUUUCAACAAAAAUAUUAAUCAGCUACAUUGUGCUCUUUGAAAUAUUAAAAGCCAAAGAUGAUUACCUUGACACAACCAUGAUAAUGCGCCAGAAAUAAAAUUGCGAAAUCCUAAACCUUAGCUUCUUCACAACUGCCAUUAACCCUUUUAACUACCAAGAUCUGAUUAGAAAUCCUCCUUUCUGGCUGCUAUACAUUUAGUCGGUUAUUAGUUAAGAGAAUUUGGGUAAUAUAAAAUUAAAAUUCCUCUGGCUGAUGCUUUUUCCGAUUCUCAUACUGUAGGGAGAAGUUAGAUGACAAUCACUUCCGGGAGCUUAAGGGUUAAACAGAUUUGUCUUUCUUGCUUUUGGCGUUAUUACACAUAUUCUUUCUUUUCUUUUCUCUUUGCUUUUUACUUAUUAUAAGUUGAUAUUUGUUGGUUAUCUUCUACUGACAUGAUUAAUUUGACACAUCACGACUAGCUUUGUGGCUAACUGCGUGCCAAGAAAAUGUAAGUAAUUGGCAACGAAGAAGCGAAGACGCGAGGCUGCGAGGCGGCAGCCUAAUAGAGUCGUGCGCGAUUGCUGCAGGGGCAGAAAAAAUCUCGAAUCGAUGUAACAUAGAGUAAUGUAAGGCAACCAUGACGUAAUGCAGAACAGAGAAUGCAUUGUUUUCGAGCGAACAGGUGAUACAGAUCAGAGAAUCCACGAGCCGUGUGCGUGUUUCUGAGUCCCGUACUGAUCCCGUCUUCAACCAAUCGUCGGGUGGAUCAUUUCUAUCCUACGCGAUAUCUGUUGCACUUGCCGGCUUGAAUUUUUUAUCGCAUGCCGCUAAGAAAAAUAAUAACGCAGCAAAAUUUUUUGUGUCUUUGAAGCCAAAUAAUUCGGAAGGCUUCACUGGCGCGCCAUAAAUUUUUUUUAGCUUUGAAAAGAGACCAAAUAUAAGUCUGUACGUUGAGGAUUCGCGGACUUUAAUAUGAUUUUCCGAAGAUUUUAAGUUUGCUUAUAAGAUCACUAAAUUUUACUGAAAAUGACUUGCGCGCAACUUCGGACAAAAACACGAACUUCGAUAUCUCGAAAAAUUUUCUGCGUUAAGUCGGGAUUUCAAAUUCUUUAUGCAGUAGAACAGUUUAGUUCACUAUCUUCAAAAGACUAAUUAAAGCAAGGGGCACACAUACACCAAACCCAUUAUCCUCCUUCCCCGCGCAUGUCGUGAGAGAACUGCCGUGCGGUUCCCAGCCAACAGCUCCCACAUGUGUUGUGUGGAGCUGGCAUUUAAAGGACUCGCCUCGGCAGGAAAGGGUAUUUAAUACACGGGUUUUCCCCAGACUCGUAGCGCAGAAUUAUACCCGUUUGGGUCUACAUUCCCGUAAUUGUGGUGAGCUCUGCUGCGACUUUCGAGGCGUGUGUGUUUCCUUGUGGACACCGGCUCCUGUUUGUUCGUUGUUUCCUGUGUUGCCUCUUACUCGGUAGUCUGGCUAACUUGCUCAAGCUUUGGGCUCUUAUCCGUUUUCUCUCCUGAGUGGUUACGGGCAUAACUUUUGUAAGUUUUCCCCUUUUCUCUUACUUACUUUUUCUAGUUUGUUAGUUGUUUUUGCUGUGCUGUAUAUAGCUUUUGCUUUGUACGCAAGUUUUUUGGCGUCUUCUGGACACAAAUUACUUGGUCCUCUGGCAAUCGGCAUUUUUAUGCCAAUUGCGUAUUUUUUCUUGCAAUUAGUGUUUUCCUGCCACUAAGUGUUUCUUUUUUGGAGAUUGGUGUCCUUUGGACUCUAAUUUACCUUUUUUUUGUGCUUUCAAUUGGUGUCUUCGACAUUAAUUGUUUAUUUUCUUACAACUGGUGUUCUUCUGCCACCGAUUGUUAUAUUUUCAUUUUUGCUGUGUGGAUUAGCGUCUUUCGACUCUAAUCGUUUUUUUCCCUUAGCAUUCUUCUAAUCCCGGCUUUUUUGCGCUUUGCGCUUUGCCGUUUUUUUGCUUUUCGCUUUUUGCCUUUUUGCUUCUUCGCUUUUGUUAUCAUGCGCCUACCAAAAACCAUUAGUUUGCAGGUCGGCCGCGAGCUAGCUGACAAAACCAAAGACGAGAUCAUGACCCAAGUUCUUCGGGUUUUCGCCGAGGUCGUCCGUGUCACCUUUGCCUCUCCGGAGCACUUUCGGGUGGUCAAAUCGUUUUCGGGAAAGCAUCUUUUCGGUUUGUGGUACUCUAUCUUGCGAGGCGGCCCCCCUAUUACGCGCGUGCACGUUUUCGGUUUUCCUUUCGAGGAGGAUGACAGAUCCUUGGAGGUUGCAUUUGAGGCCUAUUGUACAGUCAAGUCUGUCGAAAAGCAGACUUUUCUUUCCAACCAAAACAUCUUUAAUGAUACCAGGCUUGUCGAUGUUGCCUUAUCGGGGUAUUACCCCGCUUUCUGAUGGUGGACGGGUAUUUGUGUCGUUUGUGGUAUCUUGGUCAACCCUUUGUUUGCAAUCCUUGUGCCGUUCAGGGCCACAGGUCGGUAAACUGCCCUAACAAGGACAAAUGCAGAAAGUAUGGGAAAACCGGGCACUUUGCAAGGAAUUGUACCUUUGACUGGUCAGCGGGAGACUCAUCUUCGAAGUGUACGGAGGCCAGUGUCUCUCGUGAUUGUUCUGACUCUCAGCUUCUUAAGGAUAACGAGCUCAAUCUACUACAGAGUCGGUCGAUUCUGCAGGACUUGGUCCCUGUCAGUGGUGAUUCCUCUGAGGCGGAGUCCAACCAAAGGGCCUCUAAAAGAGUCGGGAAAGACAAGGGCUCAUCUGCCGAAAGGAGUAAUUCUGCUCCAAGUCCUGCUUUCAAUAUUUGUUUUACCAACAGCCAAGAGUUUAACUCUCUUGUUGCCAAUUCUGCUGAAUUCGAUGGUAUUGCUAGUAAAGGAAAUAGUGAAAGUACUGCAGUAAGUAAUAUUAGUAAUGAGCGGUUAAAUGUUAUUAAUGAUAAUAGUGCAAACAGUACUGAAAGAUCAAGUGAAGUUAUUAAUAAUUAUAGUAGUACUGAAAGAUCAAAUGAUGUCAAUGAUAUUACUGUUAAUGAAAGUAAUGAUAUUACUGGAGGCUUGAAUGAGGUUAAUGCUAUCAACCUUAAUCUUGCGGUUGUUGAAAAUGUUGCUGAGAUAGAGUCUGUUGAUGUAAUGGCUGGUGCUGGUGCGGCCACUAGUGUACGGCCUUUAAUUGAGGUCAUCGAUGAGGGUCAGGUUGACCUCAGUUCUGACGGAAUAGUCUUUUUAGGGCUCUUCUUCUUCUUCAUCACUCACCCCUAUCUUCUCCGAUUCUCCCCCCGACUUUGCUGAUGCUAUGGAUGAGAGCGACAGUCUCCUCAGGAUACGUCCUCUCCUCUUUCUCUUCCCCCUCCUUCUGGUCAAGUUGGGUCUCUCUAUGAGGGGCGUAGCCUUUGUGCUAAAGCCAAAGGUUCGCGUGGGACCUGCUAGUGUUCGUCAGUCCCCUCUUCUUAAGCCUCUGUCUGGCAGGCACGUUUUGCCGCAAGUUGUUGCUAGCAAACCAAAAGGGUCUGGUCUUCGCCGUAGUACUUCCCUUGCGGAGCUUGAUCUGCAGUUCUCCCCUACCCCAACGGUUGCAUUCAAUUUUUUAACACUCAAUGUUAAUGGGAUCCGUGAUCCCAUUAAGCGUGCUGGUUUAUUGCAGUGGCUGAGCCACUUAUCAUGUGAUUUCGUGUGUCUCCAAGAGACUCAUGUUACUGAUGCUUCUGAGGCCACUUCAUGGUUUUCCUCUUCUGGUUUCUCACCGUUACGACCGCUGGUACUGCUCACUCUCGUGGCCAGGUCCUUCUGUACCGCCCCAGCUUUUCUUUUGUCAACUCCCAGGUUGAACUUGAGGGACGUUUUCUGAUGGCCGAAUUAAGCAGGAGGAAUUCCGUGUUCAGGAUUGCAUCUGUCUAUGCACCUAACCGGAACCCUGAGCGCGACGAAUUCUUUACCUCUUUACAUGUGUGGGUUUUGCUGAUCCAUCUGCUCCCACGAUACUAUGUGGUGACUUCAAUGCUGUUUUUGACAGAGUCAAAGAUUGUCUGGGCUCUGAUCCUGCCGUCACCGUCCUUGAAAGCUUUGUCUCACUGGAGUUACUUUUCCGGGAGUUCUGUGUUUUGGAUGUUUGUCGCCAUCUCCAUCCCGAUUGUCGCGCUUACACCUGGCUGAAACCCGAUGGUUCCUUGUCCUCCUGCAUCGACCUCAUUGGCUUCCCGUCUACCUGGCUUCAUCUUGUGUCUUCCUGUUCUAUUGUUCCAUGUCCUUUCUCUGAUCACGAUACCGUUUUUCUCGGCUUCUCUAUCUCUUAAUCUUUUCCUCGUGGCCCUGGCAGAUGGGAAAGGAAUGUUUCCAUCCUAAAGAGAUCCUGUGUUUUUUCAAACUGUUAGUGAAUUCUGGCCUAGAUGGAGGUGGCGUAAGCCCACUUUUUCUUCUCUUCAGGAUUGGUGGAACCCAGGCAAGGAACAUCUCAAAAGUCUUGCGGUCCGCCACUGUAGUGGUGCUCAUCAUGAACGGUCUCUGUCGCGCUCUAUCCUUUCUGCCCUUGCUUAUCAGCUGAAGGGUAAAAUCGAUGAUGGGGUUGUAUCUCUUAUGCCGGUAUAUGAGCGGGUUCUUGCUCAACUUGCGUCUUUCGAUCUGACUGUGGCUGAGGGAGCGCGGGUUCGCUUCCGUGUCAAGUGGGCUGAGGAGGGUGAAACCUCCUCUCGUUUCUUCUUAAGGUUGGAAAAGAAGCGAGGAGCUGAGAGUUGGAUUUCUGCUGUGCGUGUUUCCAAUGGGGUGGUUGUAACGGAUGUUGAGGGUAUUUGCGAGUCCUGGGCUUCUUUUUACCAAGACCUUUUUACAGCCUGCCCUGUCGAUCUUGGGGUCCAGUCAGAUCUCCUUGACUGUCUCACUUUAUCUCUUUCUGUUGAUGAUGCCGCAUCUUGUGACGGUCCUAUCUCGCCUAAUGAGGCUCAUGCUGCUCUCCUUGGUAUGGCUAAGGGCACGUCUCCAGGCUCCGAUGGUUUGCCAAUGGAAUUUUAUGUUGCUUUCUGGGAUUUGCUUGGUGGGUUUUCAAUGCUCCUCUGGAGGCUGGCUUCCUGCCUUUCUCUCAGCGUGAGGCGCUCAUUACCUUGAUUUUCAAAAAAGGUCAUCGCCUAGACCAUAAGAACUGGCGACCUAUUAGUCUUCUUAAAGUUGAUUACAAGCUCUGUGCUCGUUUUCUAACUGGCCUUCUCUUGAAAGUUAUUGCUACGGUUGUCGCUCCAGAUCAGACUUGUGGUGUUCCGGGUCGCUAUAUCAGCGAGAAUGUCGCUUUUUUACUCGAUGUAGUUGAACUGGCAAAUGAGUACAACCAGCCAGUAGCUCUCCUUUGUCUGGAUCAGGAGAAGGCUUUCGGCAGCUCCGUCCUUGUCAAUGGUUACACCUCUCGCCCUUUCAAGCCUUCCUGUGGGGUGCGUUAAGGAUGUCCCUUGUUCCCCCUUCUGUAUGUUCACUCCAUGGAAGUGCUGGCUGCUAACGUCCGCUGUCAUCCUGAUAUUACUGGUCUUCGUCUCCCUGGUCCUUCUUGUCCCCUCCCUGUACUGUUCUUGUAUGCUACUGACACGUCUGCCGUUUCGUGCCAUGAUCGCGCCACUAGAGCGAUCUUCUCGGUUUAUGGCCGUUUCGAACAAGGCACUGGUGCCAAGCUUAAUCUUGGUAAAUGGGAGGGUGUUUGGCCGUUUAGAUGCACCCGUUCCCAUCAGAUGGACCACUGCCUUUAUAAAGGUUUUGGGUGUUUAUCUUGGUAAUGGCAACCUGGAGGAGGAAAACUGGCGCCCUUGAAUUAACGCCGUCGAGAAAUGUCUAAAUUCUUGGCGUGGCCGAUCUCUAUCGUACUCUGGUAAAGCGCUAAUUGUCAAUGCUCUAGAGUGUGGUACAUAGCGUCCCUUAUUUCUAUGCCUGAUUGGGUUGCAUCCAAGCUCAAUAUACUCUUGUCUUUUCUUUCUUCUGGAGCGGAAAACGUGACUUGGUUGCCAGAGAUGUAUUUCACGACUCUACUAUUCAAGGAGGUUUUGGCGUUGUGUCCGUCCGUUACAAGGUUCAUGCGAUUUUGGCUCAGUGGGUCCGUCGUUAUGCUACUGCCCCGAAUGCGUGGGCCUACAUGAUGACCUUUUGGCUUUUUGACCGUUUUGGGGUUUACCCCCAAACUGUGCUUGCUACCCUAUCUCUUUUCCUCAUGGUACCUUCGGGUCUUCCAGCUUUUUAUCGUGCGCUUUUGCGUGCAUGGACUACCCUUCACGGCUCCUUGUCUCAGGCUGGCCUGAUUGUUGGUUCUGCUGACACCACGUCACUCAGGGCCGACUCCCUGACCUGCAAAUCCUGCUAUAAGCUUCUCUUGUCUUUGAAUCCUGCGCAACCCCACUGUGUGGUUAAGUUUCGCUCAAAUUAUGGUGACUUAGACUGGGAUUCUACCUGGAAGACCUUGUUUUUCAUGCCUCUCGACAGGAAACCCAUUGAUCUCUGUUGGAAAGUUGCUCACGGCGUUUUCUACACUGCUCACUGUCUUGUUUCUUUCGGAUUGAACGUCCCUCCGGAUUGUCUCUGUGGUGCAGUGGGUCUUAUCGCUAGUAUCAAGGGUCUCCUGUCCUUCCAUUUACCUCUGCUUUUUAAACGUUUUCGGUCUCGGCGCAGGGGCCGUUUUUUCCAACACCAAUGGGGAGCCAAUGGCCGUAUCGGUAAGGUCGCUGGUGACUCUUCAUUUCUGUCUUUCUUAGUGUGGUUCAAAUGUGUCUCCCUCGGUCGCCUUUGUUGGCUGUAUUCUGGUCUUCUUGGCUCUGAGUUUUUUGCUUGAGUGUGUGUGUCUUCCCUCUCUUUGCUCCCCCUCGGUCGCCCUCGUUGGCUGUACUGUGGUUUUCUUGGGCUCUGAGUUGGCUUCGCUUGUGUGUGCGUGUCUACCUUCUCGCUGCUCCCCUCGGUCGCCUUUGUUGGUUGAACUGUGGUUUCUUUUCUUGAGAUAGGUUUGAGUAAGUGUGGCUCCAGUCUGUGUGUUCUUUCCUUCUUGUCCUUUGCAUAUAGCCCGUUCAUACUGUACAUAGUCUUUAAAUAGUAUUUUAACUAGUCAGGAGUCGAUUCUCUGGCGAAGUUCGCGGGCUGGGUCCGUAUGGAGGUGCCCCCUCCCUUUUUGGCGGUCUUUUUACCCUGUAGGUUACCCUAGUUUUUACCUCGGCGGAGCGCGAAGCAAAGGAUUCGCGACGCUCAGGAAUGUAUCAAAGCUGACUUUUUUUGGCAAGAUUGGGCACGCAAAGUCUGUAGGUUUUCGGUUUUAUUCGGGUAUUUGACGAAGUGAAAGCCGAAUUAGUUCGAGAUAUGUCGCGAUCACUUCGAUUUCUUUGAUUUAUUCUUUAACUUAUUCGAAGAAGAAAGAAUUAUUAUUUUGGCUUGCCCAGGGCAUGAACGGACUCACCGGUGCGACCCUUCAGAUCAGAGGAAGCUCUAAGUUGAGGGAUUAGCAUUUGCCGUGAAAAAUAGCCAUGAAAUAAUGCACCAGUAUCGGGACAAGAUUGGGCGCGCAAGUUCAUGACUUUUCGGCUUGUUUCAGCUAUUUCACGAAAUGAGACCGGAAUUACUUCGAGAUAUCUUGAGAUCACUUUGAGUUUAGUCUUUUAUUUUCUCGAGGAAUAAAUGGAGGAUAUUACAUGGCCAUGCAGAGACACGAAAUUUCUCUUCGAGUGUUGAAAAACAUUUCACAAGUGAGCGCUCCUUUCGAACUGUCUUAUGAUGAAUUUAAAGUUACAAAAUGCUGCACGAAGACGUUUUGUCUUUGUUGAGUGUUACGUAGUAAAAUUGCUGUCAUAUGUUACGUGACCUCCACGUUUUUGGAUUAUUUAUGAAUAAUUAAUUACGCCAUGUUUACAUUUCAGCAAAAGUCAGCAGAUUUGCAUCAUUCAGUUACUGAAAUCAUAAAAUAUGUUGAGAGGCUACUACUAGUCGCCUGUUUAGUAUUUUCUAUAACCUUAUGUGAAACGUUAUUCAAGUCCCAAGCGAGUUGUCUUGACGAACUAAGUUUUCUUCCCAAGAGUUGGAGUGCUGUGUUUUAAGUGUGACGAAGGUCGAUUUUCAAGUUCUGUGUUUACAAGUUGGCGGAGGCCGUAAGAUUUCUGAAGUUCAAGUGAGAGUUUGUUAUAAUUGGCAGUGGCUGUUUAGUUUUACUUAAGUUCAAGUCAAGUUUGUGUAGGCGGAUGCUGUGUUUUAAAGCCCUGCAAAGACUAUGUUCCUUUGGUAUUUUAAAACUUCCUUGUGUUAAUCCGACAUCCUGGCCUGCGUGCUGAUUGUCAGUGAAUAAUUAUCCUCAAAACAUUCGAACUCGUAACAUUGCGUUUUAGCCAAUUCCAUGCUCAACGUAAUUGACUCCUCACCCAUGCCUUACAUAUCUUUACAACAACAACAACAAAUUGUAUUGACAAUUGGAUAAAUAUAUACCUAAUUACAUUACUAAGUUCCCAACCGUAAAUAGCUUAUGAACUAAUCGAGGGGGGCGGGGAGCUGAAGACAUAUUACAAGUAGAAGGUUUAUCUAUCGAUGGACUAAAUAACAGGAUAGACACUACUAUACAACAAAUACAAAAACAUACCCAACGAUUACGAAGACAGGCUAACCUAUGUAGGGAGCUUAAGCAAAGACGUUUACGAGCGACGCACGCCAACUGGAGGUGCGGCCUUCUAACUAUAAAUAUGCCUUGACUCUAACAAAUUUGUAUUGCUAAGUUUCUUUUCUCUUAUAAAGAGGAUUUACCCGAGAGUUUCAACCAAACCACUCCCCAAUGAUUCAAAAAGUCCACUACCUGUUGACAACCGUCGCUCAAAAACGCUGGUGCUUAAGCUCUGUAAUAACUUAAUAAGAAGGCAGACUUCGACCUCGGGGGGGUACUCUCCUAUAAAAGGGACGGGGGUGCUCGUCGGAAAAUUUAGACAACACCCCUAAAUGUACCAGAAUCGUGUUUUUAUACCCUAAGAGGUACCAAUUCAAAAACAACAAAUUUCAUAACUGGCAUUGCGAAUUUUAAUAGUAGAAAACAUAACUUUUGAACACUUCCUUCCCAAGAACUUUUUGAAAGUAUUGUCAUGAAUCUUACCAAGACAACUCUGGCAGCAGUCAUUUUCGGCUUUAGCACCCUAAGCGGCACCAAUCCCCGAGGGGGGAGUACCCCCUCGGGACUUCGACAUAAUCACAGAGAUGUCAACCUCUGGAAAUCUAAAAUCUGGAGACUCUCUUUUCUUCACUAACCCUCCGAAAUUUCAACACCCCUCCCCCUCCCGUCUCCGACAAAUUAACCCACUCCCUAAUGGGAAUGACUAAGAACAUUAAAUAAAGUCUUACAUGAAGUACAUACUAUCAAAAAUCGCAAUCAUCGUUUUCAAGCCAGAAAUAAUCUUUUUCAGUGACUAAAUACGUGCAAAAAUGCCCCAGAAACCGUACUGCAAAUAAGAAAAAUUCACGUUUUGAGCUAAAAUGGGCUAAAUUUCAAACCUAGGCACAGAACAGCUCAAAAGAUGAUUUUAUACGGGAGAUAUGGUGACCCGUACGGGAGAGGGGGAGAUCGGUUUCGUAUCCGGGAGACUCACGGAUAAUGCGGGAGAGUUGGCAUGUAUAAUAAUCAUCUUCUGACCGCAGUACAUGAGUAAUCAGUACAUGAGACUGUUAUGCUGUUUUUGAAGCCUGAUGUAAAAAAAGGAAUUCUUCUUUUCACCGUUUUUUUUGUUUGACUUGUUACUCAUAGGCAGUAUAACCUCAUAUUUGACUUGGGUCUAAGCGUUUAGACCCAAGUCAAAUUUAGAAGGAUUUGUAUGGAGACAUCCGCGGAGCAUAACUGGGCUUGAAUAUCUCAGAGACAAUUAAAUUUUGCCCCGAAAUGCUAGUUUUUGGCAAGUACGCCUAUUGGAUAUUGCUCUUUUCAGAAUAUCCUGACAGAUCCCAUUAUUUCACAAACUGACAUCUUACCAUAUAUCAUUUCUUACUAUUCCUCCGCAAUUACAAUUAAUUCCACAACUACGACGCCGAAGUGUACGCUCCAUAACGUCUUGUUUGUUUUUGUUUUUGUCGGAUCUUUUUGUUCCCUUUGUUUUCAUGGUCUUGGGUCAUCGCACCGCGCCCCUUGGACCGCCAAAAUACAAAAAAAUACACGGGUUUUCGCCGGUCACUGACCGCCGGCUUUGCCAUGCUGAUGAACCCCAGUAAGGGCGAAACAGCUGUCCGUGGCUGCCACUACCCGUUUGAUAUGGCUGUGCGCAUGCGUGAGGUGAUGGCCUAGCCGUGGGUUGGUGUAUGUGUGCCCCCUGCUUUAAUUUACAGGUAACUCGUUUCACCGGCGAAAAAUGUCUACGCAUGCUCUGGAAAAAAUGGCACGUGAUCGAUUUCGGGUAAUGUCAUUGGCUCCGAGGCGAAAAUGCCCGCGAAAUGUUGUUCAGAUGAAAGGAGCGAUGGCAGCUUUUUUUGGCAGUGACAGCGUUGCAAUUUCUUGCCACUGUAAGAGAUCAAAAAUUAUUUUGGUCAAAGUUUUGACGUAAGUGUGUUCGCUAGAGAAUAUAGCGUCCUGAAACUGGCGAAAAAUCGCAUUGGCAUGGUCUGAUUCAGUGUUAUUGACAGUUUUGUUAAAUGUGUAUCCCGUUUUUGUGUCAAAAUUCGACUUUGAUUGUGAAUCUAGCUUUCGAUAACAUUGAACUGUUGAUCGAAGAGCGUAUUACAAUGCUAUCCAAAAUGUUUUUGUUGUUUAGAUCAAGUUUCUUAUCACGGAUUCAACAAAAAAAGUAGAGGGACAGACAUUUUUGGGCUUUGUUUUGUUAAUAUGACUUAGCGUGUUCUUUGUUGUUGGAAAAACUAUAUUUAGAUGCUUAAUCUCCGCAUGUUUACACUGUUUAUGGCAGAAAAAUACGCUUUAAUACGCUCGGUUCAACUUAAUCUCGUGUCACUCGGUACAAAGGGAAAUUAUAAGAAAUGUGCUGAAUUUCUAUUAGCCAUUGUCUUGGUGUGUAAAUUGUCUUGUAGCUAGUGGAUCGAAAGCUAUAGUGUAAAGUACGUAGUUCGAAACGUGAUUUUGUCCAUUCAUUGUUGUUGUACAUUAGUACGUAUUUAUACAGCCUUGUAUGUUACAGAAAUUUGAGUUUUAUCCGAACUGUCGAAUGACAAAAUGUGAGAGUGUUUUCAUUAAAACGCUAAUACCGUCUUGGACCUACAGUUCGAUAGGUCCAGCAACAUUUGAUUUGUAAAAAAUAUUCUGUUUACAAUGUGUACAGCUGCUGUACAUUUAGGCUUGCAAGGGUAUAAUUGAAGGAUGGAAGUUUAGAUUAUUUUGCUCAUAAAUUUGCCUUGGGAUUAUCCACAACGAGGUCCUUGUUACUUUCCGCGUUAGGAACUGCACUUAUGGACAUGAUUUCCCUCGUGUACAAUUUUUUAGUACCAAAGUUUUGCACACAAGGCUUUCUGUGGGGGGUGCUUCUUUGCUUGAAAAUGGAUCCUGGAAGGAGAUGAACAGGGUAAUUUUUUCUGUGAAUGCUUUUGUUUUUCUGUCCAUUGUUUUUGGCUUAAAUUUUUUUGGAGCAGAGUUAUGAAUGAAUGAAGAGUUAACAUGCUACUAAGUAUUCAAAAGUUCUUUCCAAGAAAAAAAAAUCAGGAGUUUAAAGUUUGGAGUAAACUUUGAGUCUUAAUGAAAUUUUAGUUGGAUCAUGUUGAUGAAUGCAGUUGUGUAGGAUGUGCAGUUUCCAAUUUUGAUCUUCUGUCAGAAUUAUGAGAGAACACUCACAGAUCUCAUUCAAACAUUAUAGUUUCAUCGUUAUUAUUGUUUGUUUCUAUUCCUAUAAACUUCUCAUCAGGUCUUCAUUUUGCAUGAAUUUAAUGUGAUAUAUAUUUGAAGGGGUUGUUGUUUCACCGUGAAGUAGUUUUCACUUUGUUUUUUGAUAUGAAGUUCAGUUUCUUCUUACUUGUUGGCUAAGGCAGUGUUGAAGUAUCUGACAUGUUAACAUACUUUACUUUUCAUUUCUAUUCAGAAAAGAUUGAUUGAUCCUGAAUCAAACAAAGUGCAGCCUCACAAACAAGAUUUUUUGACGAACAAAUGUGUACUCAGGGAAAGCAUAUGUCCCUGACAGUGUCAAUAAAAUUUAUUAAUUUGAAAGAUCUGGGUUUUUACUCCUUUUUAGCACUUUAGACUAUAUGCAUCACUUUUUUAACCUUUAUGUACUAAAAAAUAUAAUCCGUAUUUUUUCCAACUAACACUUGAAUCAAAGUUCUCUUCUUUUAAAUAUAGUAUUCCCCUAAUUUUAAAAAUUUCUUUAUCUUAUUCAGAUCAAGCACAGUACAGUUGAAAGGAAAAAAGAAAAAAAAAAACCUUGCUCGGUCAAAGACGGCUUUAAAGGUUUGAUAUUAAAAUUGCACCCGUUCUCAAUGAAACGACUGAAUGCAGACACUAAAGUUCAUUUAGCUCAUGUUCAAGCUUUUUUUAUAAAUUGGAAAGUGUUGCUGGAGAAAAAAUACUUUUGCUUUACCUUUUCGGUAAAUAAAAUAACUACCAGGUGUCUAAACAAUUUCAAAGGACCCAUAGUGUCUUAUUUAUCUGCUGCAUUGAGCUGUGAACAAAGGCCGUUCUUUCUAGUGACCCUGCUUUUUUCAGAAACAUUGUUGUCCUUCGUGAUCCAAAGUUGAAUCCUGUAAACCGGCGAAAUCGCGAGUAUCGUAGGAAAUGAAUCCCACAGGAAUAGGUGAAAAAGGAUAAUAAAAAGUCUAGGCUAUUCUAAAAAUAUGCGAUAUGCAUUUGCAACUCAUAUUAAGCCGCAAUUAACCGUCUUUCCACUGGAAUAAACAAACGAUGGAGGUAUUGCCACCAUUUUGAACUCGGCAAUGUCACGUGGUCGCGCGACGACCAAUCAGACAUUUUUCGCCGGUGAAGGUAACUCGUGAUCCACCUUCCCCGCGCAUGUCGUUGUAGACCUGUUGUGCGGUUCCCAGUCAGCAGCUCCCACAUGUGUUUUGUGGGGCUGGCGCUUGAUAGACUGCUUUGAACUCAUCUCUGCAGUAAGGGGUAUUUGGGACGCGGGCUUUCCCCGUUUAUUAACGUAACGGCUUUGCCCCGCUGGUGGGCCCCUUUAAGGACGAAACAGCUGUCUAUGGCUGCCACUGUUGAUGUCUUGCAGAGUUAAUUUUCACGUAUUACGAUCAGCAUUGCAGUAUUCUGCUUGCAGAAUUUAAUAUGUUUAAGUUUGCACUAUUUUCAAUGCAAUCGAAUUAGGUUUAAUCUAUUUUUCAUCAAUUACUGUAUUUCAUGACAUUUCUAAACAAAUUCAACAGCGCGCGCGUAUAGGUAAAAUCUUUGCUCGUUGGCACUUAGCGAUAGCUAUAACUAGUAUUAAGGUAACAGAUUUUUUGUUUGGUGCUCGUUAAGGUUGGAAGUAACUUUCCGUUGUUUUUAUAAUAAACAGAUCAGCUUAAGCAGACACUGGAAAGUCAGGUUAACAUCAGCCAGCAAUUGGAAAGUCUGAUGGAUUCAGUAGAAUCAAACCAAAGUAGAGGUAAUUUGUCCCUGCUCAUGCAUAAUAAAACAACACUGAAGGAGCCAUUAUAAAAUUGUACUACUGAAGUUGAGACACACCCUCUUGUGCAAGUCACUUACAAAGCGAUAAACAUCCAGUAGAUUUUGGUCGAACGGGCCCCUCUUAUUUUUUUGCGAAUAUUUCCCCCAUAGCAUCAGCUUAAAAUUUCGAGAACAUCGCGUUAUCGUGAAAAAUUUUUCAAAUAAAAAGACGAGGAUGUCUACUCAAGAUGCAUACCGUACGUAUUCUAAAAAACGAUCUUAUUCCUUUAAUAGAUAGAGUUUCCUGAAGGGUCGUUUUAAUCUGGUGCGUUCAAGUUAGGGUAAACGUUUGUUAAAUAUAUUGACCAGUUAUUUGUUUUUAUCUGCAAUUCACCAAAACUUCCUUUCACAGAAAAAGACGACCUCGAGCAGAUUAAAAGUGAAUUAGGAAACAUUAGCGGGAAAUUGCAAACGGUUUUAGUAGAAUCACCCAGGGAGGAAUUAAGAGACAAAGGUAAGUUCAAUGAGGCUAAAGCUAUUAAUUCAUUAGCUGUUCUCGUAAUGUCACAAGACAAACUUCGCCGUGGAGACAACAGUUGUUUCAUUGCUCAUUCAAAAUAUUUAUAAUUUGUUAUAAACAUUAAGCUUUAAUACCUUCUCGAAGACUUUCUUUAAAACUUUGGCCUAUGUCUCGGCACGGUUUCAGGAUAUAAACAGAAUAAUGAUGUUUUUCCUUGCAGAUACUCCUCAAAAAGUAGAUAAUUAUAACACCCUUUAAGCGAUAUGUAUUGCGUUUUCUGUAAUUUCUUCCAUUCAGUUAGUUAGAAAUUCAGUUAUUUCGUCUUCCGAUAGCCGUGAACGCCAUUUUCUUUGGGCUAUUGCAUUUAAUAUGCGUACCCCUCCCUGUUGAGGACCUAUUUUUUCUUCUUACCCCUUGAGAUUAAUUAAAAUUGUAUUCAACCCCGGAGAGUUCAAUAAAAUAUGGGUUUUACCCCUGAGGAAUAUGGGUGAGACUUGCUACAAGUCUACCUUUCAUAAUUUCUUAAAAGUGAGCGAAGCGAGCUUCAAUGCAUGAAGUAGCGCAGCGACCAAGCGAGCGACAAAGUCUCGAGGUCGACUUGUUUCGCCUCAAUGGAUUUGAGUCAUAUUAUAAAUUCACGCGGGAAAAAAUGAUUGACAUAUACUGCGUCGGGAAGUUCGGGAGCGGCGCGAAAUAUCGCUCACAGUCCCAUUGGUCAAUUGUUAUGACGUCAGCGGUAGAAUUUUAGCCCACGAGGAGCCGCAAGCAGUAAAAUUUCUGUCCCGUAAUUUAAUCAGUUAAAUCAUCAAAGUUGACAGGUCUUUCUGAUGAUCAAAGCGACCGUUCGGUUUACCAUUUACACCUUCAGUGCGAAGACUGUCACGCGAACAUUAACACCUUCAGGAUAAUAGCUUACCAUAACAGUGGUAGGUCGCGCGCGUCUGGUCGGUUUCGAAGAACGUGAUCGUGACUGUUGUUUUCAUUCAGUGACUGUGCGCGUUGAUAUGCCAAUGUUUAAAACAGACUGCAACAUUAAAUUUUUGUUAUAAAAGCAAAGAAGCUGCUGAGUAGAAACUAAACCGUCCCAGACUUAUUCCGUUUCAUUCGUGUACUUUCAUUUUGAUGGGGUCUGUAUGAUGAAUUUACUUCUGCCUUCUAAUCAGGCACGUAAACAACAUAGAGAUAAAACAUUUCAUUUUGCUUUUGUAGAGUAAAUUCAUCUUAAAAAAGUUCAACUAGUGGACCACUUUCUCCGCGUACUUGUAAAAAUAGGCAUUUAAUAUGUCGCGCUACAGUGCGAAAAUCUUCGUGUCGUGGAUUAGAUUUCAGUAUACAUAUUCUUCAUUUCGCGCCAGAAUAAAUUAGUUUGCGCGCAAAGGGCUUCUAAAAAAAGGUCAUAAGGUUUGUCCCACGUUGAGUCCUCCUUCUGGAGAUACGCCGGCAUGGUAGCUGGAAUACAUUGCCGAGGCGAAGAUCUGGCAUUUUUUCCUCCUCGUCGUUUUUUCUCCGCGACGUUUGUUUAUAUUUGUAGUGAGAAUGCCGCGCAUAUCGGUGGAUUUUACUUCAGUCAAGCGGCUUCAGUUCCUGCGGCUUGCUACUCAUCAUAAAGAAGAGUGCCGGAAUCGCUUUGUUCGCCUUUAACGGAUUUGUUGUCGAAUGCAAGGUAAAAGAACGGACUACUGUAAGGUAAGAAUUGAAGUUUAAAUUUGUUUCUCGGCGAAAAAUAGUGCAUACAACUCGUGAAACCCGUGAGUAUUACCUCUGUUUUAAAUAUACCGGAUGUCAUGCGAUGACCCCUCGCUUUUACGAUGGAUAGGACGGAUACAAACAAUAAUUUCUUUCGCAACGUUUAGUAUCAUUUACUUAAUAUGGAGAUCAUCUGAGGACGAUUUUUCGUUAUAUAUGCUUCAUUUCUUGGCUUAUUCCGGUUACGAGCGAAGAAUUAGAUGACAAUGUUUGUGUGCUAUAAUUAUACUGAUAAUUUCUUGCACCUUGAAACUCAUGAAAGCCAAACUUGUUUAACCCUAGCAAAAAACUCUUUUAACGGAGAAACUCAACCUGAUAGUUGCACUAAAAUCUAAUAAUUGUUACUGCAUUUGCGUGCUCUCUGUAACCUCGUGGGUAGAAUAUACCUGAUGGUUACAUUAAUAAUAAUCACUGCAUUUGCUCUUUGUAACCUCGUGGGUAGAACAUACCUGAAGGUUACGUUAAUAAUAAUCAUUGCAUUUUCUCUUUGUAACCUCGUGGGUAGAACAUACCUGAUGGUUACAUUUAAAACAAUAAUCGCUGCUUUUGCUCUCUGUAACCUCGUGGGUAGAACAUACCUGAUGGUUACAUUAAUAAUAUCACUGCAUUUGCUCUCCGUAACCUCGUGGGUAGAAUAUACCUGACGGUUACGUUAAUAAUAAUCACUGCAUUUGCUCUCUGUAACCUCGUGGGUAGAACAUACCUGAAGGUUACGUUAAUAAUAAUCAUUGCAUUUUCCCUUUGUAACCUCGUGGUUAGAAUAUACCUGACGGUUACAUUUAAUAAUAAUCACUGCAUUUGCUCUCUGUAACCUCGUGGGUAGAACAUACCUGAAGGUUACGUUAAUAAUAAUCAUUGAAUUUUCUCUUUGUAACCUCGUGGCUAGAACAUACCUGAUGGUUACAUUAAAAAUAAUCACUGCAUUUGCUGUCCGUAACCUCGUGGGUAGAGUAUACCUGAUGGUUACAUUAAUAAUAAUCAUUGCAUUUUCUCUUUGUAACCUCGUGGGAAAAAAAAUUAAUGCCUCUCUCCUGGAAAUUUUGCCCUGUCCUUUGAGCAUAGUGAUCUUUGGGUAGCGAAUUCACGAAAACAGGUAAAACGCUUUUUUUAACAACAGCAUUUAUAUUAUUUGGCUUUUUGAGGGAGGUUAAACAUUAAUGGAAUAGAAUAUAAAAAAAGCUGAUAAAGCGGAAAAAGUUAUCUUUAGAAAAUGCGCUUUGACAAUGUCAAGGAGUGAAAUAAGCUGAAGUUUUGUAGUUAGCCCGAAGAAAACCUGUUCCUGCAUGAAAAGCAGUUCUGAUUCCCUUCUCUUAACUAGAAGAGAUGCAUAUCCCUGUGAACCAGUUUUUUAACUAGGAGCGAUUCCCACUCACUUAAGAUAAUUUAUUGACACGAGUUCCUAUUUCAAUAUAUGUCUAAUUCAAGCUUAGCCGCGUGAUAGCUCUGCAUUAGCGAAAAGGUCCAAGUGAUAUUUUGAUUGACGUGUUGUUUUGGAUCCCGAGGUUUUUUAACACCUUUUCUCUAGCUUAACUGGCGAAGAUAUUCUAGGAAUUUGCCCUUCAAUUCCAAAUUCUUUGAUGUGCCGCCAGAUGCCGUGCAAAAAUAUCACCUCUUGCGGCUCCUCGUGUUUGAAUUUCGCGCCAAACAGGUAAGAAAAGUCCUCUAAAAUGACUUAACCAAACAGGGAAAGAAUAAAGACUUAAGAAAUUCUAAAUAUGGGUGUGCCCGUGAACCAAAAACGAGAAGUCCAAGGACUACUGCAAAGCUGAUUCAGAAAAACGUUUAUUGUUUUUUCAUAACAAUAUUUCGGCAGUCAGCCUUCUUCAAGUUUACAGAUGUUACUGAAGUUAUGUAGGAAUCACAAUAUUAUAUAGAUGGAGAAUGUCGCAAUAAAAAUUGUUUAAAAGGGAGCGGCUUAAAUGACUUGCAACACAAAAACUGGAAAGGAAAAAUACUAAGGAUAUCCAGAUAACAAUAAUUCGUUACGACAGUUUAGGCCAUGAGGUUCAAGAGUCAUGGCCUUAUCUAUCAAAUGCGACUCCCUAGCCUUACGAACUGAGUCACGUGAAGAACUGAAUUUUCUCUAGUGGGAUUAACUGCAUGUCAGUAUGAGAAUGGUUAGAGUGAGAGAGAAAGUGUUCAGAAACAGUAGUGGGUUUAGAUUUAAUGUUAGUUUUGUCGACUGCACGUCUGUGUUCGUUAAAUCUGUCCUUGAGACUUCGCUUAGUUUCACCUAUAUAUUGUAAAUUACAACGGUUACAUUGAACCAUGUAGAUCACGUUUUUAGUGUUACAAGUAAUGUGUGAAGUGAUGGAGCGUGUUUCACCUGUAGCGUAAAAGGUGUAACUUGUGAGGCCUUGUACUAAUUAACAUUGUACACUGAACUAAUGUAUUAUCUAUAGGAUGGAGUAAAAAUACAAUACAAUACAAUACAACUUGUGAGGCCGUUAGUGAUGUAUGGACAAGUGGCACAAUUUUGCCCACAGCGGAAGCAGCCUGGCGGAAAAUGAUUGUUGGAGAUAACGGGUAAUUGUGCUUUAACUAAAAGGUCACGAAGAUUAGGGCUACGUCUGUAAGCAACAAAAGGCGGUUGCUUAAAGACGUCUUUGCAACGGUUAGAGGAGUGUAAGAUGUCAAAAUGUUUGCGUAGGAUUUUAGAAAUGCGUGGAGGUGCUGGGCUAUAUGUGACAACAAAUGGUACUACAUCGUUAGAAUCUUUAGGUUUAGUCUGUAACGCGUUAGUACGAGAAGUAUUGGCAGGACGCACAAACUGUUCUUUUAGGAAAUUAUUAUUAUAACCACGAGCAACGAGAUAUGUUUUAGGUUCAUUAAUGCGAAGUUUAAACUUAGCGUCUGUAGAGCAGAUACAGCGGAGGCGAAUGGCUAAGCUGAACGGAAUGGCUCUCUUAGUGUGGUGAGGAUGGCAUGAUGAGCUGAGAAGAUGUCGAUGUUUAUCCGUGGGUUUAGUACAUAGAUCAGUUUCAAUUAUACGGUUAUGUAGAGACACCAUGACAUCGAGAAAAGGAACGUUAGUAAGUGAGUGAGAGCUAGUGAACUUAAUAGUGGGAUGAAUGUUAUUGAGAUAAUCGACGAAUAUUUUCAAACGAUCCGAACCUUCUGUCCAGUUCGUGAAAAUAUCAUCGAUAUAUCUCCACCACGUGUGAGGCUGCCAAGGGGCGUUAGUGAGAGCGUUGGUUUCGAACAUACCAAGAAAAAGGUUAGCAAAUGAAGUAGCCAUUUUAGUACACCUAGAAGUACCAUGGAUUUGAAGAUAAUGCUGUUGGUUAAAUGUGAAAUUAUUCGCGGUGAGAAUCAUGCGUAUAAGAGAUCACAUAGUGUCUCUGUAGGGAUGUGUUUGUUAGAGCGGGUAUCAAGAAAAUGACGGCAUGCAUCAAUUCCUUGAUUGUGUGGAAUGUUAGUGUAAAGCGAUGACACAUCAAGAGUUACAAGAAAAGCGUUGUUAGGUAAGGUUACCGAGGUUAGAAAGUCCAUUAAGGAAGUCAGUCAUAGUAUUGCCUUUAAUGUGUGAAUCCAAGGUAGAGACGAGAGGGUUAAUGUAGUAGUCAACAAAUUGUGAGAUGCGUUCAGUAGGGUGGCUGUUAGAUGAAACUAUGGGACGUCCAGGAUUUCCCUUUUUAUGUAUUUUAAGUAGUACGUAAAAACGUCCUGAUUUCACGUUUGUUUGUACUAGGUACUUUUUAGUCGUUUCGUCAAUAUGUAACCGUCCUUAAACAUACGUUCAAUGUAAACCGUAACAAGCUGUUGAAUAGUGUCAGUAAUGUCCCCGUGUUGUUGUCUGUAGAAUUUAGCGUCAUUUAACUGUCGGUUGCAUUCGUCUAUGUACCAGGAUUUGUCCAUAACAACCGUUCCCGAGCCUUUGUCAUUUCGUGAAGUUAAAAGCUCUACCCCAAAGAAUUCCAUAUUUUUGGACUCCACCCCUAAAGAAAUCCUCAAUUUUAAUAAAUUGCCCCUGAAGAAUUCCAUGGUUCCUCAACCAGGGAGGAACGAGUAUUAAAGUUCACUCAGGAAUAACAAGAAAGAAUAACCCAGGAAUAAACAGCUAGGCUACCGCGCAUGGAAAGGACGUUGAUCGAUGGUAUAUUUAUUCUUCAUUCAAAAUAUUUCUCCUUUUCUGAUUGGCUAAAAUCCCACGCAUAAUUCUUCAUAACCAGCUAUCGUCGACCAAAUUUGGAAGAAUUUUGCGGCAUGUCAAAAAUGACGUCAAAUUACCAGAUCAUUGAACCAUUAACCGAGAAAACCUGGGGACGAGGUUUAGUUGUUUUGGGGGUGAGUAAAAGAAAUGGCGGAACUUUUCACUCGUUUCACUAGGAAUAAAUACGCAAACUAAUUGCUAAAAGCAUAGCAGAAACAGCAAGAAGACGACUCGACGGACGACAUCUUCUGUUUGGAGAAUAUUUGCGAAGCUGAAGGACUCUUUAUGUCCUCAGUAACCGAUUAACAUGAUUAACAUGAUGAGAAGUAAGCAUGUUUUAGCUCAGUUGUUUUUAAGGCCAUCCCCACCUUUUUUUCUUUUAGCGUCGAAUACGUUUCCUGAUGUUGGGUCGGUCGCUCAGAUUGAAAAAAAAAAACCUAAAAAAAAUUCACAAGAAGUCUUGGAAUAGGAUGCCCUGGUACCCCAGGACGAUGUUAAAAGUUAACAUUCACAUAUUUGGAUUAACAAAAUACACAAUAUUCUCUGAAUAAUGUUCCUGUUUUUGUUCCUGUUUUUCUCUAUGCUGUUACUAUGCUCAUUUUUCAGAUUAAAAGAAUUAUUUCAAAUAAAAAAUGGUUUAACUAAGUCGUUACUUUUUCUUUUUUUUAAAACGCCAAACAUUUGGGUCGGUCGGACGGUGCUAAACGGAGAAAAAAAAGAGGAUAGCCUACAGCAGAAUAAUAAAACAACUAUUGAAUUCGGCUUUCGCAUCAUCUGAAAAAUAAUGGAGAUCUCGCACAUUCCGGGAGCAAGGCGAUGUGCGUCACGAGAUUCGACCAAUUAGAAUGCGUCAUUUGUAGAGUGAUUUUCGCGCUUGGAAAGAGCCGUUUUCAGAGCUAUUUUAAACCUGAAAAGGUAAAGAAGUUUCAAUAUUGUAAUAACCUUUGGAAACAAAACAUUUUUCAUAACCUGGUGCAGAAACUGAAAGCGUGACUUAAAAAUAAUUUGCAUGCAGUGUGUGCUAUGUGUAUGCAAAUCUUUAUGUAAACUUAUGUGAGGGAAUAAAUUGUUACAAAUCUCUACCAAAACGCAAAACCAUUAUCGAAGAUUGAGACGACAUCAUACAGGAUUUUAAAACUGUGAGGUUAGGUUUUACUUUGUAACAAAAUCGAUACACACGCAGCGCUCACUUCAAUGAAUGCACAGACAAUAUCGUGGUUUAUUUCUGCGGCUGUAGCUUCGGUGAAAUUCCCGUUGUGCUGUAGCUGUUCGGCUCUUUCGGUCUGUUUUCCCCUUGCCUGAUAGAAGUUUUAUUUGCGCACAAGGAUUACAAACGGGCACUGUUUGCAAAUUAAUAUGAACCAAGAGCCAUAAUGGGACAAAGACGGAAACGCCCAGUCUAGUCCUUGGGAUAUGUGAAUUUCACCAAAGUUAUUCUUAGACCAAUUAAGCGCUUGAAUUAAUCGGAAAUUGGUUUCCCGAGAAGUGCACAAACUUUUCUUCAGCGCUGUCAAGACAUAUUAGCGUCCCGGGUGGAGGUGCGUUUCAUCGACGAAAGUGAUUUUGUAAACAAAGGAAAUGGUUUUAUCUUGAGAGAUUGUUGCGAUUGGAAGCUAGAUUCCACGAUUUCGUUGGAGUUGACUGAUUUGCUAGAUGAUAUAUCAAUUUUUUAGAAGGAAUUGAAGUCCGCGGACAGCGAUCCUGAUCAUGAAAUAUCAAUUUCGGUACUGGAACCUGGCAGGAAGAAACAAACAACAACUAAAGGCAAACAGAGGAGUGGGAAUAAUCGUCGUACAAAACAAUCAAAGCAGCCAAAUGACAAUUCCAGUAAAGCGACGUCGACGCGCAAUUCGAACUAAAACGCUAAAAUGCAAGCAAAUCACAGCAGAAAUCAAAACAGGAAAGCAGCAGAGGUGCUAUUAAAAGGACUAGAAAGUACUGACUUUGUGCCGGUGUUAGAACUUCGUAUCAGAACAGCUCUAACAAUAAGUCAUGAAGAAUUUGGAAACCAAUCGAGAGCUAAUGACUAAUCGAAGAAAGACUCGACGCUCAGAACAUUGUAUCUGGAACUUGUUUCUUCAGUUGCAGAGGACGCAAACAAAACCCAUCACGUUCAUUUGACAUUCGAGGAUGUGGGCCCACCGUGUCAAAACAUUGCAGGAAACCAUCACAUUCGCGGACAAAAGAAAAUCGCUUACAGUUAUUCAGAUCCAGGAGGCACUUUGGAGAAAAUUAAACAACCUAAAACCCUUAUUUAGCCCCAAUAAAGAGCGUUAAGUUUGCAUCAGAGAGCCAAUCCUGCCGAUCAGAAACAAAACCCACAGAAAAUCAAUAUGCGUGUCAUGACCUCUCAGUGUGAAACAAGGUUGUUAAAUCAAAACUUAGAACCCUCCAGAGCAUAUUCUACCCGCCAGAAAGAAAAAACCUAUUGGAAAAAGAGGCUUCAUUUUAAGCAUUUUAGUUAAUUCUUGACCUUCGUCUGUUUCUUUUCAUAAGCGGACUUCUUCUCACGGCCGUCUCGCGAGGGAAACAGAAUUUGAGUCCUCUUCGGACGAAUCAUCGCUUAUCCUACGCUUGCGAGCAGGAAUGCUAACUUCAAUUUCUUGAACUGAUAUGCGCUCAUCAGGUAGCCUCCCACGCAGACGUACUUAGGGUUACUCACGCGUUCCUGCCCCACGAACGCCUGCUGAACUGAAAGAUAAAUUCCUUUCCCAUUGUUCGCACAUAUCGGCUGGAGAUCACAUGCAGAUUAUCGGAGAUCCAAUCGGCGCUGUUAAAGCCAAAGUGUUGAUAAGCCAAACACAUGCGUACAAGCUCUGUAGAGUGUGAUACGUGAGUAAAGAUUUUUGCUCCUAAUGAGAAUAUAGGAGAUAAGCGUUGGCUUUUUGUAUAUUUCUCUCUGUAAAGGUUGGAUUAGAUGUCAUUUGCUCAUAAAUUUGUUCUUUGGGUGAUGCAACGUGUUACGCGGGUAAUCUGUUAGAGGACGGGUAGCUUGCAAACCAAACUGAACGCAGGGUUGUCGGAACAGUAACAAGAAGAUUUAUUCCACAAAUGAACGUAGUUUCCACUGAGUAAAAUUCCACAACAGCACUAAAACUCGAUAAACUUACACGGCCUCCGCCAACUUCAAUUAACUUGAUAAACUCACACGGCCUCCGCCAACUUGAAUAAACACUGCUUUCGUCACACUUGACUAAAUACGACUAACGUCAAACUCUCUUCGCUUGUGAAAACUAGUUAAAACUUAACUCGAACUCGCCUACUUAUAUACUUUUACAAUAAAGUUCUAGAACUUUCCAAAUAGUCUAAUUAUAGAAAGAUUACAAAAUAUACCGCUUUUAGAAACGCUUACAUAAGAACCUAAAAUAAACAAGCUAUGAACUCUCGCGAACCUUCUAGCAAUACAAUUUUUCGUAACAUAACCCCCUUUCAGAAGAAAUUUCCUAAAUUUCCAAUACAAUAGAAAAAUUGUAAGCUAAUAUACAACAGGGGUAGUCCAGUGUCUCUCAGGUUACUCUUCUACUCGACUAAGAUAAUCCGCUCCAACAUUCUCUGAUCCUUUGGUGGCUUCCACCUUGAAAUUGUAACUUUGUAAAAACAUGGCCCAUCGCAUUAGUCGUGCGUUGGUAUAGGACCAGCAUCAAAUACAGUUAUUCUAUUUAAUUUCCGAUAAUCAUUACACACGGGGUUUAUGUUGUCUUUUUCCUUCACCACUACAACAGGCGACGCAUACGGAGAACUGGACUCUCUAAUAACUCCCAUUUUGAUCAUGUCGGCAAUAUCUUUUCUCAGUGAUUCUCUCAUGCUGUAAGGUACUGGGUAAGGUCUUGAUCUAACUGGCUCGUCUGAGGUGAGUUUAAUAUGAUGUUGAACGAGAUCUGUGGUACCUGGUGCUUCAGUGAACAAAUCCGUGAACUGUUUAGCCAGAUCCGUCAAUUCAGUUUGUUGCUCGUCCGUAAGAUUCGGUCUAGUUGCAACAUCCUGAAUUGAUUCCUUGGCUACAUACCAGGCUCUAGGAAAUCAACCUCUUCUUCCUCUGCUUCAUCAACGUUGGCUUCACAGUCGACAGCAUCCUCUAUACUCGUAGCGCCUGCUCCAACAGCUACUGCUCCUUCGACUGUAGUCUCCUCUCGCUCAAAAUACUUUUUGAGGAGGUUAGCGUGGUAAACUUUCUCCUUGCCUUUAACUUUCACCUUGUAGUCAUUGAGACCUACCACUGAACUGACUUCAAAGGGACCUUUCCACUGCAUAAGUAACUUGUUGUGGUCGGUAGGUAGUAGCACAAGUACUUUCUCGCCUGGCUGAAACUUCCUCACUUUGGACUUGCGAUCGUAAUAGUGCUUUCCCUUCUGCUGAGCUUUCUCCAAUUCACAAUGAGCGAGUUUGAGGGUAUCUUCUAACUUUUCUCGCAACUCAAAAACAUACUGGUAACUGUUCUUUACUUCAGGUUCCUCGACUUCUUUCGUCCACAGCUGUUUGAGUUGAGCUGUUUAUGUAGCGAUGCCACUGUCUUGGCUACUCGCUUCAGCAUAGACUUCAUAGUUCCGUUAAACUUCUCCGUCAAACCAUUACACAUUGGGUGAUAGGGCGUGGUCGUAAGCUGCAAAAUGCUUAAUAGUCGAGUAACUUCUCUCAUACAAUCAGAAACAAACUGUGUGCCCAGAUCAUUCAAAAUCUCUUCGGGUACUCCUAGACGACUGAAAAUAUCCACAAAUGCUUCUGCUACUGUCUCUGUAUCAAUCUUCUUUAGUGGUACAGCCUCAGGGUAGCGAGUCGAAAAAUCUACCAGCGUCAAGAUGUACCUGUGUCCUUCUACACUCGGGGGACUGAUAGGACCAACAAGAUCUAUUGCUACUCUCUUAAAGGGCUUGUCAAUCAGCGGCAUCUUCUCUAGCGGUACCUUCGGCACUGAUCCCUUAUUUACGGUCUUCUGACAAACGUCGCAGGACUUGCAAAAUCGAGUCACGUCAGCAUGAAUUCCAGGUCAAUAAAACGCACUCUGGAUCUUGUCUGUUGUUUUCUUGAUGCCCAUGUGACCGCCCAUGAUCGAUCCGUGAGCUACUUCCAUUAUGGGGCGCCUCAACUUUUCAGGUACCAUGACUUGUUUAAGCGGUUUACCACCAUGGACAUAAGGGUGCUUGUACAGACGGUACAGUACUCCACAUUUUUCUUCAAAUGAAAUUUCCGCCUGACCCUUUACUAGCACAUCGUCUCGAUCCCAGUAUUUGCGCAGACUCUCAUCUUCACGUUGCAUCUGUUUGAGCUUCUCUCUAUCCACGAUAGGGCUCUCACGGCUACUUGGUACUUUCAAGGCUGUGCGUUCAUCCUUUUUCUUAGCUUGACUUCUUGUAGUCACGGCACAGGCCUCUUGCCAACUGGGAUCUGGAUAAUAUGCGUCCCUAGCAUCAGGUACGUUGCCAAUAAUAAGGUCGUAGAUAGGAUCUGAAAGGCACUGCGCUUCUACGUGGCCCUUAAGAUAAAAUUCUUGCUAUGGGCACCUUCCUUGCAGUGUUGUCAAUAAGCAACAUAACGUUAAAGUCUCCGGUGAGCUGAUCCUCGCCGACAAGAUCCCUCUUGACUACAACUCCACUGCAACCAGUAUCUCUUAAAACGUCAACAGUCUUCUCUCCAACUCUACCCUUUACAACAGGCAUCUUACUUCUUACUCCAGUUAAGGGUUCAACACAAGCAUUGCUCAGCAACGGGACUUUCUUCCCACAGGCCAACAGAAGCUGAUCAUUUUCACUACACGACUUGACUUCCUCUGGAGUAGCGUUAACAUCGGGUGGCUUAACCAAACAGCCAGCACUAACUUGACCACGUUGCACAGGGUUACCAUCUUUAUUUUGUCCUCCUGACUUCUCCUUGUUUGAGCGGCAGUUUCUAGCUUCGUGCCCUUGCUUGCCACAUAAGAAGCACUUUCUUGCUAGAGUUGGACAGUUAAUUGCUUUGUGUCCACGGGCAUUACACUUG